GCGACGCCAGGCGAGCCAACCAGGGACAGCGCUCAUUUAUGGACAGCACAGCAGCCAUCACACAGGGUAACAGCAGCCAUCACACAGGGUAACAGCAGCCAUCACACAGGGGGUAACAGCAGCCAUCACACAGGGGUAACAGCAGCCAUCACACAGGGGGUAACAGCAGCCAUCACACAGGGUAACAGCAGCCAUCACACAGGGGGGUAACAAGCAGCCAUCACAGGGAGUAACAGCAGCCACACAGGGGUAGCAGCCGCAGGGCAAGUCACACAGGCAGCCAUCACACACAGGGGGUAACAGCACCAUCACACAGGGGUAACAGCAGCAUCACAGGGGUCAUCACAGGGAAGUAGCAGCAGCCAUCACACAGGGUAACAGCAGCCAUCACACAGGGGUAACAGCAGCACAUCACACAGGAGGUAACAGCAGCCAUCACAGGGGGCAGCCAAACAGCAGCCAUCACACAGGGGUAACAGCAGCACCAUCACACAGGGUAACAGCAGCCAUCACACAGGGGGUAACAGCAGCCAUCACACACAGGGAAAGCAGCAGCCAUCACACAGCGAGCAGCCAUCACACAACAGCAGCCAUCACACAGGGGUAACAGCAGCCAUCACACAGGGGUAACAGCAGCCAUCACACAGGGUAACAGCAGCCAUACCACAUAACAGCAGCCAUCACAGCGGGGUACACAGCAGCCAUCACACAGGGGUAACAGCAUCACCACAGGGGUAACAGCAGCCAUCACAGGGGGGUAACAGCAGCCAUCACACAGGGUACAGCAGCCAUCACACAGGGGUAACAGCAGCCAGUAGCCAUCACACAGGGGUAACAGCAGCCAUCACACAGGGGUAACAGCAGCCAUCACACAGGGUAACAGCAGCCAUCACACAGGAAGUAACAGCAGCCAUCACACACAGGGGUAACAGCAGCCAUCACACAGGGGUAACAGCAGCCAUCACAGGGGUAGUAGCAGCAGCCAUCACACAGGGGGUAACAGCAGCCAUCACAGGGGGGUAACAGCAGCCAUCACACGGGGGUAACAGCAGCCAUCACACAGGGGGGUAACAGCAGCCAUCACACAGGGGGGUAACAGCAGCCAUCACAGGGGGGUAACAGCAGCCAUCACACAGGGGGUAACAGCAGCCAUCACACAGGGGUAACAGCAGCCAUCACACGGGGGGUAACAGCAGCCUGUCUCACUGCUUGUCAUCCCUUUCCUUUAUCUGCUGCAAAGGUGGGUGUUUUUUUUAUAAUCAGCUCUGUGUAGUUUUGUUAUAUAACUGGUCUAUGUUAGUGGCAGCAGGAUUUAACUAGUAACUGUACCAAUACCAAUUAGUGACUAACUGCAUUAAGCAGCCUUUUCACUGCUAAUCUAUGCAUUGCUACAGUAACAAAUCACAGUGCCACAAAUUACUGCUGACACUAGUCACAGUGCCACUAACUACGGUGUUUUUACUAGUAUUACUAAUUACUGCACUAGCUAGUUACUAUAUAACUAAUUACAGCACUUACUAGUCAUUGUAACCUUGAUUGAUCCACUGACAGUGCUGCCAACAGUUGUUUUAACUAGUCAUUGUAUCGGUAUCUGCCACAUUAGUCUUAGUUCCUUAACCUCUGCAUUAACUAAAUGCUGUACUAACAUGUCACUGUACCACUAGAUAUGUCACAGGGCCAUUGCGACUUGUGCUAGUAUCUCAGUAUUACUAGCUUCUGCAUUGAAUGUUUGCAGCAUUACUAAUUGCUGAAUAAAUGACUCCUUGCAACAAGUCCCAACCAUGUUGAUAACUUGUGAGGCUUCUUGCAGUUUAAGAAAUAUUAAAGAUGCCUGCUAUUUGUGAGCUUUUGCAAAGGAGUCUAUAUGAAAGUUCAUUAACACUUUCAUGACACAUCCAUAAAGACAAAGUAGGGCCUACUUUGUCACAUGUAAUUCCCAGCUUUAGCAAGAGGCAGCUUUUCAAUCACAUCAGUUGCUAUACCUUAUUGGAAUGGCAUUAUCUUGUUCUUUGUACAAUAGAUACAUAUUAUUAUUAUUAUUAUUAUUAUUAUUAUUAUUAUUAUCAUUUAUAUAGCGCCAACAGAUUCCGUAGCGCUUUACAAUAUUUUGAGAGGGGGGAUGUAACAAUAAAUAGGACAAUUACAAGAAAACUUACAGGAACAAUAGGUUGAAGAGGAUCCUGCUCAAACGAACUUACAGACUAUAGGAGGUGGGGUAUUAGAAACAUUAGGACAAGAAAUAUCAAGUAGGGGUGAAGCAGAGCUGGAGGAGAGAGCAAAGCACUGUCCCAUAGGAGAGAGCAGGAGGUAGAGAUUACUCUGGGAGGCCAUAAGCUUUCCUGAAGUGGCAUCUGUCAGGAAUACAGAUAUCUCCCCUUUUGUUAUCCACUCUGCCACCUCUACACAAGUGACAGUACUACUUUAAGCCCUUAAAGGACCACUCUAGGCACCCAGAUCACUUCAGCUUAAUGAAGUGGUCUGGGUGCCUGGUCCAGCUAGGGUUAACCCAUUUUUUAAUAAACAUAGCAGUUUCAGAGAAACUGCUAUGUUUACUAAUGGGUUAAGCCUUCCCCCUAUUCCCUCUAGUGGCUGUCUCAUUGACAGCCACUAGAGGCGCUUGCGUGCUUCUCACUGUGAUUUUCACAGUGAGAGCACGCCAGCGUCCAUAGGAAAGCAUUGUAAAUGCUUUUUAUGCGACCGGCUGAAUGCGCGCGCAGCUCUUGCCGCGCGUGCGCAUUCGGCGUAACGGAGGAGGAGAGGAGGCAGAGAGCUCUCCGCCCAGCGCUGGAAAAAGGUAAGUUUUUACCCCUUUCCCCCUUCCAGAGCCGGGCGGGAGGGGGUCCCUGAGGGUGGGGACAACCCUCAGGGCACUAUAGUGCCAGGAAAACGAGUAUGUUUGUUUUCCUGGCACUAUAGUGGUCCUUUAAGGACCGGACUGUUUUUGCGAUGUUGUACAUUUGCGACCAGGCCUCUUUUUACACUUUUGUGGUGUUUGUGUUUAGCUGUAAUUUUCCGCUCUCUCAUUUACUGUUCCCAUACAAAUUAUAUAUUGUUUUUUUCAGGACAAAAGGGGCUUUCUUUACAUACCAUUAUUUAUAUAAUCUCAUGUAAUUUAAUUUAAAGAAAAUAACAAAAAAUGAUGAAACAUUGAAAAAAAUACAUGUUUUUUUACUUUUACUUGAAAAAUAUUUUACUCAUCUACUAAAGCGAAUGGAAAAAAAACUGCUGAAUAGAUUAAAGGACCACUCUAGGCACCCAGACCACUUCAGCUAAAUGAAGUGGUCUGGGUGCCAGGUCCUUCUAGGGUUAACCCAUUUUUUCAUAAUUAUAGCAGUUUCAGAGAAACUGCUAUAAUUAUGAAUGGGUUAAGCUUUCCCCCUAAUCCUCUAGUGGCUGUCUCAUUGACAGCCACUAGAGGCGCUUGCGUGCUUCUCACUGUGAUUUUCACAGUGAGAGCACGCAAGCGUCCAUAGGAAAGCAUUAUGAAUGCUUUCCUAUGUGACCGGCUGAAUGCGCGCGCAGCUCUUGCCGCGCGUGCGCAUUCAGCCGGCGGGGCGUAACGGAGGAGGAGAGGAGGCAGAGAGCUCUCCGCCCAGCGCUGGAAAAAGGUAAGUUUUUACCCCUUUCCCCCUUCCAGAGCCGGGCGGGAGGGGGUCCCUGAGAGUGGGGACAACCCUCAGGGCACUAUAGUGCCAGGAAAACGAGUAUGUUUUCCUGGCACUAUAGUGGUCCUUUAAGAAUUUUGUCCUGAGUUUAAAAACAACCAUGCCUUUUUUACAUGCCUUUUUGCUUUUUUUUUUUUUUUUUACAAGUUAUAGGGCUAUAGGUAGAAUUGCUGUUUUAAAACAUACAUUUUUAAAAUUUAUCAAUAAAGACAUUGUAACACUAUUAUCUGUCAUAAAUCUCUGAAUAACACCCCACAUGUACAUAUUUUUUUUUUUUUAAAGUAGACAACACAAGGUAUUCAAUAUGGGGUAUGUCCAGUCUUUUUUAGUAGCCACUUAGUCGAAAACACUGGCCAAAGUUAGCGUUCAUAUUUGUUUUUCUGUGAAAAAAGUAAAAAACUAAAUUGAAUGCUAAUUUUGGCCAGUGUUUGUGACUAAGUGGCUACUAAAAAAGACUGGACAUACCCCAUUUGCAAUACUUUGGCUUGUCUUCUUUUGCAAAUGGUAUGCCAUCAUGGGGGUAAUUCUCAUUCCUGGGCUACCAUACGCUCUCAAAGGCAAUGUAACCAACCUGGCCUUUUUCAAUGUAAAAAUAUUUGAGCCAUAUAUUUGACCCUGUAACUUUCAAAAAACGCUAUAAAACCUGUACAUGGGGAUGGGGUACUGUUAUACUCGGGAGACUUUCCUGAACACAAAUAUUAGUGUUUCAAAACAGGAAAACGUAUCACAACAAUUAUAUCAGCAGUAAAAGUGCUGUUUGUGUGUGAACAAUGCAAAAAAAAAAGUCACUUUCACUGACAAUAUCAUCGCUGUGAUAUGUAUUACUGUUUUGAAUCACUAAUAAUUGUGUUCAGCGAAGUCUCCCGAGUAAAAUAGUACCACCCAUGUAUAGGUUUAAGGGUGUUAUAGAAAGUUACAGAGUAAAAUAUAGUGCUAGCAAAUUAAAUUCUCUGGACGUUCGGCCUGGGUUGGCAGGCAGGUCCCUCAAAUUGCAAUCAAUAAAAUUACUUAAUUAUGUAAAAAUAUUACAUAAAUACGCACGUAGAAUUUAAAUAUAUAUGCAUAUUUAUAUAUUUGAAGUCUACGUGUAUAUUUAUAUAAUUAUGUAAUUUUGUAUAUGGACAUAUGUAUAUUUCGUAUUAUUUAUAUUUAUUUAUAAAUACAUAGAUAUAUAUAUAUAUAUAUAUAUAUAUAUAUAUAUAUAUAUAUAUAUAUAUAUAUAUAUAUAUAUAUAUAUAUACAAUUUCAUUCUAAGUGUAUUUUGAGAUAUAUAUAUAUAUAUAUAUAUAUAUCAAAAUACAGUUAGAAUAAAAUUUCAAAUAGAUAUAUUUUUUAUUAUUUUUACGUUUCUAUUUAAUUUGAAUUACUUAUUUGUAUUUUAUAAUAAAAUUUAUAUACACUAUAUAUAGUUAUUAUAUAUAUAUGUGUGUGUAAUUUAAUUAUAAGUGUAUUUUUAUAUUAAUAUAUGUACAUAUUAAUAUAAAAAUACACUUAGUAUGACAUUAUAUAUAUAUAUAUAUAUAUAUAUAUAUAUAUAAUAUAUGAUUUUUUUUUAAAAUUUUAUUAACAUUAACUUUCAUUUUUUUUAUUUUUUAUGAUUUUACACUAGCAGGGAGACUGCCUGUCAGCACAGGCAGUCCCCCUGCAGGCAUACACAUGGACACCUAUUGUGACCGCUCUGUUGAGCGAUCACAUGGCCCCAGGGGUCCUAAUCCGCCACGGGGAGACUGUCUGGGCUGCAGGCAGUCUCCCCACAACGGUUGCAACGCUGAUCACCGCCGGGGGAACGACGGCGAUCGGGUAAGUACAUUGCACCGUUAGGACGGUUCAGGACCGUCACCGGUUGGCAAUGCAGAUGGCGGUCCUGAACCGUCCUCGGUCCUGAAGGGGUUAAAGGAACACUACAGGCACCAAAACAACUUGAUCUCAAUGAAGUUGUUACAGUGUCUGGAGGGCCAGGGCACUGUCUUGCCUUAAUGGGGAAGACUACACUACAGCCUUCAUAAGGCCAGAAGCUGACACUCUCAGCCAAUAAGCUAGCUGUGUACUGCAAUGCUUGGUUUAGGAGAACUAAUGAAAGCUACUAAGCAGGAGAAUCCAGCUCUCCUACAGUGAAGGAAGAGAGUAGCAGCUGUCAGACUCCUGGUAAGGAGUGAAAUCCUUCUUAAAUGCUUUGCCUACUGACCAUGGGGGUAGGGGCCCAGGGCUUUUCUUGCACCAUAACUACUACAGCUUGUAAAGUUAUAUUGCAUGUAAAGUUUGUGCCAUGUAUACACAACUUUAAAAAAAAAUAAUGCAGAAAAUGCAAAUUACAUGUCUUUUACAACAAACUUUCAAUCUUCCUUGAAUGCUACGGAUACCACUCUUGAGUUUGGUAAUGAUCUGGAACUUUGACUAAAUGUUUGUGAGUAUCAUUUGCAUACAAUACCAUAACAACAGCAGAAAUUAGAUGUAUACAUAAAAAAGCUAUUAAAAAGUGUCCCAAUCAGAGCGAUGCCUUUAGGCAAGUUCCUUCUGGCAAAUCCAGUACUGGCCAACAAAUGAGUUGGCUAAUCACCGCAACACUUACCUCUGCAUUAAAUAGUUGGCUUUACGCUCCUUUUUCUUCUCGCUUAUGUGAUAACUUUUUAUAUGGAAGGAUAUGGCUAGUUUUAUUGUGUUUUAAAAUAGUUGAUAUGAUAACCCAAAACAUUGUGAUUUAAAAAAAAAAUGUAUUUCACCCCCUAACAGGAAGAAGUAUUAAUUUAAAAAUGAUUGACUCAGUUCAAAUACGUCGUCAUGGAGCUGUGGACUUUCAUUCGCACUAUGAAUCCCUGUGUGCAAUACAAGACUCAGUCCCAGUACCAGCUAUAAGAACCAGCUACGGGCACAGGACCCUAUGUUUUAAUGCGGAUAGGGUAAAAGUUUCUGACUGGCCACCUAUUCUCAAUUCUCUGAAAAUUAACAAGAAUUUGAAAAGUAUUUCAAUAAAAAGUUGCCAUCAGCCAGGACUCAGCGAUUCAGGUUUGUAAAAAAUCUUUAUAUAUGCAUUUUCCAGUGUUUUAAACAAAAAACCUUACACUGUCUUAAUUCAUGAGGUUUUAAAUCAGUGGUUCCCAACCCAGUCCUCAAGUGCCCCCUGCCAGUCCAGGAUUUUGGGAUUACCCUGUUGUGUCUGAAGUGUUUUUUUUUUUUCUUUUUUUUUUUUCUUCUACUAAAAACACCUUAGAAACAACUUGGUAAUCCCUACAUCCUGGACUGUUAGGGGGUACUCGAGGACUGGGUUGGGAACCACUGUUCUAGAGGGAUUGAUCAAAAACAUAUAUGAUCUGUGUUAAAGAUUAUUAUUAAAUUCACAUUUUUGCAUAGCAAAUUUGUUACUUGAGUUCUCUCUGUAUUUAGUUUGUUCAUUUCUAGUGUCUGUUUUCUAGUUUUUAUUGUUUAAAGGACUUUUUUUUACUAAUGGUGUUUCUUAAAGGAACCCUCUAACUUUAGAAAUGAAUAUUUGUAUAGGAUUAAAAAAUAAUAAAUCUGUGUGCAGAAUUGGCGCUUUUGUACAAAUUUAAUAAAUAUUUUAUUAGCAGCUACCACAUUUGUAUAGGGACUCUCCUCCCCUAUAGAAAUAUGCAUAAAUAGGUCUAUGCACUAAGUGGAAAAGAAAAUAUGUAUGAUCCACCACUAGUGUGAUUGUGGAGUGCUGAAAGAUUCAAUAACUUAAGGGGGCAACAACAUUUUUUUUAAGCAGCAGAUGGUAGGAGGUUGACUUGUGUUCUUAAUAAAAUAAUAUUUAUUAAACAAAUGUAACAACUCAAAUAAUAUAAAGAAAUCAAUUAAAAAGUCCUUUCAGAUCGUCCUUCCUGAAACGCGUUUCGCUGUAUAGUAACCGCUUUCUCAAUCGGUGUCCAUCAUGCUGCAUAUUGACGGUUUAAAUCUCUCCUCAUUCCUGCUGAUUGGUGAUUCGUUUAGGGAAUACUCCAAGUGGAUUCUUGAUUUCCGUAGGUGUGUGCUUGAAUCAGCUGUAUCAGAUGGAGUGUUUUAGCCCGGUCACAUGAUACCCCACAUGGCAAAAUACGUCACGUGCGGCGUCAUGAAUAGGGCAUGUUUUUACAUGGUCCGUGUAUAGUUCAUAGAAGUACUAAGGAUAACAUAAUUUCCUAUGUUUCUCAGCCAUUUUUAUUGUGGUAAAUUCUCUUCUAUGCCGGUGUUAGAAAUGAAAGUAUAUUGUUAUCCAUCUUCCCAGCAAGUCAUUGGGAUUAAUGUGGCUCAUUAGUAAAACACAUACAAAAGAAAACAAACGGUUAAAAAUCAGGGAAAAUGGUAUAUUAAAUCAACAUUAUUAUACAAAUUGAUAUAUAUACAAAAUAUACAUAUAUGCUGUUUAUAUAUGAAUAAUUAAAAUGCAUAUAAAUACAAUAUGAUUAGGUGUAAUUGAAAUAAAUUGUCUUAAUCAUGUACACUUCGUAUCUGCAUAAUAAAAUGCAAGUGAAUACAGUACAAUUAGGUGUAGUUAAAGUGAAUUGUCAGAGGGAAUAACCAGUUGAUACCAAGUGAUAAAGUGCACAACAAAUCUCAAUGUGAUUUAAGAACUGUUAAAAAAAAAUAAAAAAAUACUUUUUUCUUUUUUAUUAUUUAAAACUCUUUAAAAAUGGAAUAUUUUGAAUUUAAAAAUAAAUGAAAUUGGAUAUAUCUUUAUGAAAUUACUAAAAGAUAUAUAAAAAAUAUAUUUUUACAAAAAAAUUACACAGCUCAAAAUAAUCAUUGUGUUAAGAUUGAAGAUCCAUUGCAUUUCUUUUUUCCCAAUUUUCCUAAUAAAGUUGCCAACUCUCCAGUCUGUUAAUAUUUUCUGAAUUGCAAAGAACUGGAGGUAACUGGGAUCACUAUUGUGUUCUUUCUUAAAAUGUAGAGACAUCUACUUUUUAAAAAACUGUGCAAGUUUUAAGUCGUUUAUCCUCAACAUAUAUAUUGAGGUCUAAAAAUUCCACUGAAACUUUGCUAAAAUUGGUCAUAAGUUUAAUGCCCCAAUCAUUUAUUAUUAAAAUGUGUUAAAAAUGAUUUAAGAGUAAUCUAAUCGCCUUGCCAAAUAAAAAAUGUCAUCAAUGUAACGGCGAUAGACAACGAGGUCCGCAUCCCAUCUAUGGUCUUCAUAGAUUAAUUUUUGUUCCCAUAAUGCCAUAAAUAGAUUAGCAUAGCUGGGCGUGAUCGUGCCACAUGUCUGUAGAUAAAAGUUUUCUCUAAACUAAAAAUAUUUUUUGUUUAAAAUCCAUUUAAUACCUUUGAUUAAAGAGUCUAUCUGCACAUCCAAAAAUGUCUGUGAAUGUUCUAAAAAGUGUUUAGCAGCUUGGCAUCCUCUUUCAUGUGAAAUAAUAGUGUACAGUGAGCUGACAUCUGCUAUUACUAAAAAACUAUUUUUAUUCCAUUGGUAGUCUGCCAACACUUGAAUAUUUAAGGUAUCUUUAAAGGACCACUCUAGGUCCUUUUAAUUGUUAUUAGGGGUUAUUUGACAUUCUCACUAAAGGAUAUAUAUAUAUAUAUAUAUAUAUAUAUAUAUAUAUGGAAAAAAUGUAUGCCUAUAAGUCAUUGUGCCAUGGUAGUGUGUGUAUAUAUUUAUUAUAUAAUGUGUGUGUGUGUGUGUAUGUAUGUGUAUAUAUAAUAUUUUAUAUAUAUAUAUAUAUAUAUAUAUAUAACCGUGGCACAGUGACUUAUAGGGCUGGCAUACUUUUUUUUUUCCAGGGCUGCUUUGCAUUCCCAGCCGGACCCUGCUUACACAACAGAUCUGCAUUUUGCUUAUCUCACCACAUGUACAAACCUUUUCUUUCAUAAAAUGUUCUGACGUUUUAAGGCUACACGUGCUUGUAACUUCAUCUUCUUGUUGCCAAGGAAAAGGUGUUCCACUUUCAAUUGGUAGAUUUUUGCUUGUCUGGUCUUAAAGGACCACUUCAGCUCAAUGAAGUGGUGUGGGUGCCAGGUCCAUCGAGGGUUAACCCUGCAGCUGUAAACAUAGCAGUUUCAGAGAAACUAUGUUUACAUUAGGAUUAAUCCAGCCUCUAGUGGCUGUCUCAUUGACGCUUCCACGCUUCCCACUGUGAAAAUCACAGUGAGAAGAUGCCAGCGUCCAUAGGAAAGCAUUAUAAAUGCUUUCCUAUGAGACUGGCUGAAUGCGCGCGCAGCUCCUGCCGCGCAUGCACAUUCAGCCGAAGAGGAGGGUCGGAGGCAGAGAGGUGGAGGAGAGCUCCCCGCCCGGCGCUGGAGAAAUGGUAAGUUUAACCCCUUUCCUCUCCCCAGAGCCCGGCGGGAGGGGGACCCUGAGGGUGGGGGCACUCUCAGGGCACUAUAGUGCCAGGAAAAUGAGUAUGUUUUCCUGGCACUAUAGUGGUCCUUUAAGAUAACUAAGUCAUUUACAUACUAUUGGUUGAAGGCACUUGUCUAUGUAUUGGGACAACUUACUUGAAAUUGACCCAAUUCCAGAGACAAUAGGCCUUCCUGUGGCUUUGUUUCUAUCCUUAUGGAUCUUUGGUAAAUUAUACGAUAUGAUGGAAAAUACCAGUAUCUUUGGGUGUGCAAUGUUUAAAAAUGUAUAUUCUUUUUUAUUAAGAAUUCCCAAACAUUUUCCUUCUUCUAUGAGUUUAUCAUAUUCAUUUUUCAUUUCUCUACUUGGGUCUUUACUUAAAAUUUUAUCGGUACUAGCGUCACUUAUUUGACUGAUAGCCUCUUGUGUAUAGUCCUCACUAUUUAAAAUAACUAUUCCCUUGCCCUUGAGGGCUGGUUUUAUCCAUAUGGUGUCGUCUUGUCUCAAUUCUUUAAGUGCUUGUCUUUCGCCAAAGUUAAGGUUAUACUGACUUUGGUGUGGUUUUUUAAUUUUAUCGAUCUUCCUCGUGACCAUUUUCUCAAACGUAGUCAUUUUCUUAAUCUAGGGUAAAAUGUCAAAUUUUCCCUAAGUUCUGUAUGUACAAAACCUUUAUUUUCUAUAUGAAUUAAUGACCUUUCAAUUGAAUUUUUUUUUAAAUAUUUUUUUUUCACAUUUUUCUUUUGAAUCUAUUUAGAUCUAACAUAUACACUGAAUUUGUCUAAAGGAUUCGUAGGCGCAAAUUUUAAAGGGACACUAUAGUCACCAGAACAACUACAGCUUAUUGAAUUUGUUCUAGUGAGUGGAAUCAUUACCUUCAGGCUUUUUGCUGUGACCACUGUCUUUUCUGGGAAAAUGCAGUGUUUACAUUACAGCCUAGUGAUAACUUCACUGGCCACUCCUCAGAUGGCUGUUAGAGAUCCUUCUUGGGUCAUGGCUGCAAAUCUGUUGGAUCCAAGACUCAAAGGUGCAAACAUAAGUGAUGAUGACACUGCUACUGGAUCACAAAACAAGCAUCACAUUUAGGACUUGAUGUUGGGAAGGUACUUUCAAAUGUUACAUAACAUCUUCAGGGAUUUGGUCCAGGAAUGCAAUCUGGGAUUCUGUUCUGUUUUGAGAAGCUUGUUUUGAUCCGGGGAAACCUUCAGUUUUUAGAGGUUCCUAAUUGUGAUGACGGACAAAAAAGAGUAGCUGCAGAAGCAGAGACGGAUACUGACAAUUUCACCUCAGAAAAUGAUUCUGAUUAAAUGUCCAUUGAAACUUAGUCCCACUCUCUUCUUAAAGGGACUCUCCAGGCAGAGGAUUUUACUCACCUGGUUCCAGUGCCGGGAGCCUCGUGAAGCCGCGCCCCCCUUAUUUCGUCAAAAUGACGAAAUAGGCGGGUGCGAGCAGGGAGCAAUCAGACGCUGGCAUUCAUGCCGCCCUCUGACAUGUACAAGGCCUUUUUAGGCCCCUACAUGAUUGGAAGUCCCUCUGGUGGCCGUCUGAGUGACGGCCACUGGAGGUAUUCCUAUCAAUCAAUGUAAACACUGUAUUUUCUCUGAAAAUACAGUAUUUGCAUUAGAUUGCCUGCAGGGAGCUAUAGAUCUCACCUGAACAACUACAUUAAGCUGUAGUUGUUCAGGUGACUAUAGUGUCCCUUUAACACUUCUCCCAUCUUCAUUUUUUUUAUUUAAUACUGUGGAGAGGAAAUAUAAAAAAAUUGUUACUUUUGCUUUUGAAAAUUGUUUUGUAGAGGCUUUUUGGCUGUUCCACAUAAGCAGUUAAGGAGAUUGUUGCUCCCUUUGUUACAAAUAAAUAUUUAAAAAAAGUAAAUUCUGUUUGUGAUAAUUGUUUGGCUACACUAUAUUUUUAAUAUGCUAGUUGUGAUAAUUUUAUGCCAAAUUGUCCAUAGUCAUAUUUUAUGUUCCUAAAGUAACAGAAUGACUUUCAAUCUUAAAAAGACAAAGUGCUAAUGUAGCAUUUUUUUCAAUUUUUCCGAGCUUCAAAAUUUCCGGAAAUUUUAUAUCUCUAGCCUAUGCAGAACAGCAUUGGGGAUAGCGCAUCACCUUGAUGUUCACUUGUGUUAUUGUACUGGAAUUGGCUUCUAGAGUUGUUUUGCAAUUGCCCAUCGAGGUCUUGAUGAAGGCUCUUAUUGUUUUUCUGAUCUUGUAGAGAGGUUGUGUCACAGGCGUUCUUGUAGUCAAUCCAGGUUGUGCACAGAUUGGUCUGUCUGGCCUUAUAAUCCCUUGUGACUGCUUAGUCUACCAGUAGUUGGUGUUUUGAUCGUCUGGUGUUUCCAAUCCCCUUCUAAGUAUUGCUCAUAUAUUGACUCAUAUGCCUUUGGAUCUUGGAGGCUACGAUGCCUGACAGGCAUUUCCAUGUUGUGGGGAGGUAGGUUAUUGGUCAGUAGUUGGAUGGUGUUGUUCCCUUGUGAUUGUUGUUCAUGAUCAGUAUUGUUCUGCCUUGUGUUAGCCAGUCAGGGUGGGAGCUUGUUGCUUGUAGCUGGUUCAUUUGUGCUGCUAGCAGCGCUGUUAAAGUCUUUAUCCAGUAGUUGUGGAGCAUGUCAGGUCCUGGGGCUGACCAACUCUUCAUGUGUGCUGCUCUUUAUACCCACAUUCUCAUUCAAAUCUCUUGUUGCGCUUAACCUCGCCUUCAGCCUGUCAAAUGGAAGCUGGCUGUUUCUGUUACAGCUUCCAUAGUAAAAGAUGCUGUCUUUCAUAUGUGUGUUUCUUUGUCCUCCCUUGCCUUUCUGUGUCUCAUUGGCGCUCCCAGCCUCUCUGUGUGUCUUUGUCCCUCCCAGCCUCUCUGUGUGUCUUUGUCCCUCCCAGCCUCUCUGUGUGUCUUUCUCCCUCCCAGCCUCUCUGUGUGUCUUUGUUCCUCCCAGCCUCUCUGUGUGGCUUUGUUCCUCCCAGCCCCUCUGUGUGUCUUUGUUCCUCCCAGCCCCUCUGUGUGUCUUUGUUCCUCCCAGCCUCUCUGUGUGUCUUUGUUCAUCCCAGCCUCUCUGUGUGUCUCUUUGUCCCAAUAGCCCCUCUGUGUUUCUUUGUCCCCUAAUCCCUUUCCUCCCCCUCCUGUCAGCCCUAUGGGUGCCUUUUCCCCCCUCCUGUCAGCCCUCUGUGUGCCUUUCCCCCCCUCCUCUCAGCCCUCUGUGUGCCUUUUUCCCCCCUCCUCUCAGCCCUCUGUGUGCCUUUUCCCCCAGAGGGCUGAGAGAAGCCUUCACAGCAGGUCGAGGGGAUGGGGGAAGAGGCACACAGAGGGCCAAGGGAAGGCCCUAUGCGUACCUUUGCCCUCCUCUCCCCCCUACCGUGGACCGCAGCACGGUCACACUACAUACAGUGACCAGCAGGAGGGGAGUGCUGUGCGCCCUAGGCCGCCUAGCAGUCACACCGGUCCUGUUCUGAGGAAUAAUCCAAGCACCAUAACAUCUGCAGUCCGCUGUAGUGAUUUUGAUGCUAGGAGUGCCCUGGCUCCCUCCUGGAUUAAAUGAACACUAUAGAGUCAGAAACACAAACAAGUAUCCUGACCCUAUAGUGCUAAAACCACCACCUAGAUCCCCUGCCCCCCCACUUGCCUCCCUAAAUACAGUCAAAUCUUGCUUGCAUUCAAGUCUGCAGCUGCUGGCUUUGCCCCUGACAUCAUCAGAUGUGAUUCUCUGAACCAAUUACAAUGCUUUUCAAUAGGAUUGGUUGAGCUUGUCAAGGAAGCAUAUCAGGGGCAGAGCCAGCACAAGUCAAACACAGCCCUGGCCAAUCAGCAUCUCCUCAUAGAUAUUAAUUGAAGUAAUGCAUCUAUAUGAGAAAAGUUCAGUGUAUUCAUGCAGAACGUGGAGACACUGGCAGUGCUGCACUCUGUGCAACACUGCACCAGGAAGCACCUCUUGUAAGCAUCUGAUGAGUGGAGGUGUCCCUAGGCUGUAAUGUAAACCCUGAAUUUUCUCUGAAAAGACUGUGUUUACUGCAAAAAAGUCUGAAGGUAAUGAUUCUACUAACCAGAGCAAAUACAAUAAGCUGUAGUUUUUCUGGUGACUUUUUUUAUGUAGACUUAUGUUAUAGUUUAAAGAACAAACAGAGAUGAAAAUUCUUGAGGAUUUUAAUCUCUACAAUUUACUCCUUUAUAAAUUCAAACCUGAAUCCUUCUGUGUGUUUGUUUCUAAUUAUGUAUCAUUUUUGGUGACAGGUGCAGAAAAGCUUGGAAUCUAUUUCAAAAGACGUGUUCCACCCAUUCAUUCAAAGGACAUGACUUUUCAGUUAUGCGCAUCCAUUGCAGGGUGUUUAAGUGUAUCAAAUUCCUUGAGUAGUUUGGAACUUCAUGGACUGCCCUUACGGAAAAGAGACUUAAAAAUUUUAGCAAAGGUAAAUCUACAACUUACAUGUUUGUGCUUUAUAAUCCACCAACUGAUAUUGUGUAUAUAUAUGUGAUAUAAUUUUUUUAGUCCACAUUUUUGCCUGUGAAUUUACCAGAAUUUAAAAGUAUAGUUGAGUUUUGCUUUCUAUUAUAGGCAUUGGAAGAUUGUCAUUUCUUCAUAUACUGGCAUUAUUCUUGUUAAAUGAGCUUUGACUUUUAAUUGAAUAUAAAAUAAGUGUCAACAUGUCAUUUCUUUGACUAACAAUUGCCUAGGCACACUAGGCAGUAUCCUAGGACAUUUUCAAUGUAAUAUUUUUUAAUUUUUUUUCUAAACCACAAUAAUAUUGGAUACAAGUACCCCCUUUAAGAAGAAAAAUAAAAAAAUAUAUUUUGGAAUAAGUUAUCAAUGUGAUUUGUUAUUUUUUGUCUAAAACCAACAAUCCAAGCACUAUAACCACUUUACAAAACAGACAUGUGCUCUGUUGAACAAUGGUUCUCUUUUGUGGUUAUGCAUGUGCUGUUACGCGCACAUCAUAUCAUAAUGCAAAGUUCUCAGUUAAUGGUAAUUGUGGACCCUAAUAAAUCUGCUGCGUUCAUAAAGCACCCGUUACAAAAUAAUGCAAUUCUCAUGCCUUGGGUGUGUGCUUUAAUAUGAAUAGCUAGGAUAGUGCUUAUAACUGAAUUUAUAAAACAAGCUAAUCUCCUUUGUUCUUUCUCUUAUUUAAGGGCUUGGCUGCCUCCAAAUCCUUGGAAAGUGUGUCUUUACCACACUGUUCUUGCGGAGAUGAAGGAUUGGAAAGUAAGGUGUUGCCUAAUGAACAAAAUUUGUCAUUCUUGCUUUUUUUAUUUACAUUGUUAUUCAUUAAAAUAUGAAUAGUCAGGAAUUCAAAAUUAAUUUCAAAUUAUAGGCCAAGAUAGAACAACCAUUACAUUCUUUAUUCACCUAUGGUUUUUCACCAUUGCAGUUCUGGUUUUAUGGACAUGCAUAGUUCCAUUGUAAUAUAGAUGGAAAGCAAAAGACUCAUCUCUGCCCAGUUCACCCUUUCACAUAUCUGUAUUACUGCUAUUGAACCAAAAGUAGGCAUUGGUAACUCCCAUAGGGAUUGCUGGUAAAAUUCUAAGCAAAUGUGAGAAUCUACCAUGUCUCUUUUUUAAUUGCAUGGUUUAAAUAUAUGUAUUCAUUUUAGCAGUAUACCCUAUGAGAUUAUCUCGUUUUUUUCUCCUACCCACUUUUUAUUUGUAUGCUUGUAAAAGCGCCAAAGUCUGGAGUCACUGUACAUAGUAAAGCUGCACUAUAACGUUUGGAAUACAAACAUGUAUUUUCAACGUUAUAUUUUUGUACUCCCUUUUUAAAUUUAGGGCCCCCUAAUCUAAAUUAAAAAGAAAAGGGUCUUCGUCACCUUUUUUUUUUUCCCCAGUGCUCAGACUCACUCUGUGCAUCCUCCUGCUCCGCCACCCAUGAGGUCAUCCCUCAGGCUGUAGUCUUCUCAUACAAUCAAAUGCUGCUCAUAGGGAAGAACUGAAUGAAAUGCUUCUCUAUUAUAUGAUUUUAAAAUGUUCCAUGUCCUCAUGAAAUACACAAGGACCUGGAACAUCACAUUACUGAGGGAAACUCUGUUGUACCAGCAGAAGCACCCUCUACUUUAGCUUGUAAACAUUUCCUUAUCUUUAAAAUUACAAUGCUUACAUUGCUGGACUUAAAGGCCACUGCACCCAGACCACUUUGGAGGUACAUCUACUAAACUGUUUAAAGGGACACUACAAACAUAACUGUGCAGGGUUGGCUAAAUGUGUCAGCUGAGCUCUUGGCCAAUGAGCAGGCUGUUAUGGAUAAGCUGCAAGGAGUGGCCUUACACUUUCCUUUGCAAGUAGAUUGCAAAUAGUUUUAGAAUGACCUGGCUACUUAUCUAUGUUCUGAUGUGCACCACUCUCGGCAGCAGUGCAGGGCCAGCUAAUUCACUGAGAGCGUCGGCUGUUUGUUGUCAGUUAAUGAACUAAGCCCUGCACUGACAGGGUUAGCUGAGACUGAGAGUUUCCUGCUCACCUGGAUGCUGUAGAUGAGGCAGGGUCUGGCACCUAACAGACCUUAGGUAAGAAGUCAAAACUGCUCUAAAACAGUUUAUAUAUUUAUAUUUCACAUACCUUGUUGUUUUCUUUUUUGAAGUGUAACUAAACUGUUACAACAAGCAAACAUGGAUCGCUGUUUGAACCCCACCGGGUCUUUUUAAAGAUAAAAUAUACUGUGGGUCAAUGCAUUAAUCUAGUAUAUAUUUAGUUAUAUAAACUACACUCUCUAUAUUUGUUCUUGACAAAGAACUGGUGUGUUACCUAACAGUGUGAAGUGCAUUUGCAGGUAGCAGUGCUUCUAGUAUUGGCUCAUCUCCCAUGGUGCUGCCCUCGGCUUCUAUUACAUUAAGAAAUGAAGGAGCACUCGAUGGUUUGGAAUAAAUAAUGGGCUUUAUGAAAAGCUGUGAAACUUGCCUACAAUGCAGUGCAUUGACAUUAUCUUGUUGCCCGAUUCACACAUGGUGAGAACUCCUGAUGAUCUCUCGUCCAGACACAUACUUGUCAUAAAAAAACAACAAUGAGGACCUUUGGCAGUAACCAAAGCAUUACCAAGCAUUGAAUCCAAUACUUCUCAAUGAGAAGCAUUAGCUAGGUUUGGCAUCAUCAUUCUGCACGCUGACCGAAUGUCAAAGGUACGCUAUAGGCACUUCUACCACUUCAGCUCUUUAAAGUGGUCUGGUGCAGUCUCCCAGGUCCCUUAACCAUGCAAAGAUAAUUACUGCAGUUUUUAAUAAACGGCAAUAAUUACCUUUAAGGCUAAACUCCAUCUCUAGUGGCUGUCUACCAGACAGCCUCUAGAGGGACUUCUGGGUUGUGAGGGGACAUUUGGUUGCCUGACGCAGGACAUCCACAUGUACAUUAGGUCUUCCCCGCCAAUGUCAGGAGCGGAGGCAGAGCCUGAACCAGCACCAAGGGACAUCUGCGCGGAAAUCCGGUAAAUGACAGAAGGUGUUUCUAACUCCUUUUGCACCCCUCAUAUUAGCAAAGUGUUUGUUAUUACUAGUUGCUGUUUGUCACGGGUUUGUGAGUCUAUUGCUGUUAUUCCUUCAAUCCUCCACUAGUCCUAAUUCCAUAUGUACUGAAUAUAGUGAAAGUAUUCCAUUUGUGUAGUUUCCCCAAUAUAAUGGACACAACCAGUCGUAUUGGGUAAAAGCAGCAAUCUGAACUUUAUUAGGCCAAACUCUGCUUUUUAUGCAGUGCUGCUAGCAUGGGGUUUCUAAUACAAAAUCACAGGGGUUUCCUUCCCACAAGCCAUUGUGUUUGAGAGAUAGUUGAACUUCAAUUAAGCUAAUCCAAUUAUCUCUCAAAUAGGAAAACUUACAUACAAUUUUUACAUAUCACAAAAACAUGACAACAGCAUCGGAACCCCACAAAAAUUAUAUUCCAGAAUAGCCCUGAUAUGAGCGCACAACCUAUCCAAAAAGCGUUCAGAUCGGUUCGGUAAAAUGAAGUUAUGUUCGUGCAUAUAUGAACUGGCUGCCUGGUAGUGGUGGUAUUGUCAAUUUCAAGAGAAGUUAAUUUGAUUGUAUAGGAUGUCAGAGGUUACAAUCUAAAUUCUUCUUUGAAGCUGGGACCCCAGUAGAGUUACUCUGUAAGGUGUGAGAAGUCACAUAUAAGUGGCCUGGAAGUCUAUAAACUAACUCUCUCAUUUGCCAUAUGUCCUGAUUCCCUCCUAGGAGUCCUUUGAUAUGAACAAGCCUUGUGUUCCAAUAUCAUAUGCAAAAGAGACAUCAACACCUAUCCACAGAUUAAUACUCAUUUUUAUCAUAUUUAGAAUUGGACAAGCACAAUCUUUCAGUCAAGCCUAAACAUGAUUUGCUAACAAGGGGACCCCACAGAAUCUGUUCUGUAACCGAACAGAAGGGAACAAUUAAAUUUGAAUGCAGGGAAAAAUUAGAUGAUACAAAGUAUAAUUAAGGGAACACGUACAAGGAGUCCCAUUUCCCGUGACACUGUUAUUUCAAAUGUAUAUGUUUUUCUCAGCCUCAGGCUCUCCCUGCUUCUCACAGUGUAGUUAGACACACUGACUCACAUGCAGAUACACAGACACACAUACAAACACUGAAACAUCUGCAGUUACAAACACUGACACAUGUGGAUCCACAGACACUCAAAAACACUGGCAUACAUACAGAUACAGACAUGUAAAAUCACAGAAAGAUACAAACACUGAAACAAAAACAAACAAUGACACACAUGCGGAUGCACAGACACACAGAUACAAACACUGACACAGAUGUACAGAUACACAAAUCCAAAUAAUGACAUGCUCACAAGCUCAUAGAUGCAGAUACAAACACUGCAACUAUGUCUGUAUCUGUCAAUCACUGACACACAUACAGAUACAAACAAUGAGACACAUACAGAUACACUCACACAGAUACAAACACUACAUAUAUACACAUAUAAACAACCAAACACACAUAGGUAAAACAUUUUGCCACCCUCCUGCUUCCUACCUUUUAGGUGCAGGGUGGUGGCUUCUGCAGGCUGCUGGGAGUUAGGAACUUGUGCCUCUCUUCCGGUCCGGCCCCCAUUCGUGCCAUCCCUCUCACGAGCAUCUUGGUAUCUUUCAGCAGGUUGAAGUGCCCAGCUUUCUCUCACUUCCUCACAGCUCUUCCUGCAUAUUAGAAGGGUCCCGGAUGUUCUGUUAAUGUGCAGCAGGGCACGACCGGGAUCCUCAUGGCACAAGUCCAUUGGGUGGCCUGAAGUACCAUGUGAUGCACCCACUAACACUGUGGACCCUGGCCCAUGCAACUGCAGCGCUACCAUUACCAAAUUUGUUUUGCGUAACCCUGUGGGUGCACUGGAUUGUACCCCUGGUGGUACGAGUAGGGGAAUCCCUGGCUUAAGGAAAAGCUCUACGCAUCAAUUCAAGUUUAAUACAUUUGUUCAAUUUUGGCCUUAUAUGUAAGCAGUAUGUUAGCAUGCUGAAAUCUUUAUAGUUUUUGUACAAAAAUAAAUAAAUACAUGUUUUGCAGAAUUCUGCACCAUGAACAUGCUUCGUUAGUAACACCCCUCAUGUCAGAAACACUUCUUUAUUAAAAGUAUGUACACAGUCUAAACAGCCCCAACAAUUUCCUGCAUCAAUUUAAUUAGUUGAUUUUAUAUGUAAUAGUUUGAUGUUUUUUUUUUUGUUUGUUUUUUUUUUAGCAAGGUAAUCAGCGGACCUGUACUUUUGAUAUGACCCCUAGCAUUUCUGUAGGUAAAUGUGGCAUAUUUAUAUAAACAGGUACUAACUCGUAAAAACACUGAAAAAUUAUAAUAUUUAUUUUUUGUCUGGUUCUUCAAGGGUUAAAGUUGUCCAUUUCCCAUCACUUCCUGUUAUGCAUAGGAAUAGUGGAAUUGUUCAUUUUCUUUUCUUGGUUUUGGUGUUUUACUUAUCUGCUGAAAUAAGAUUGUGAGCCAUGCUGAUUAUACAACUGCUAAAGUGAGUGAGUCAUUUCCCAGCACUACUUCCCCCAGUGACUUGCUGCUUUUAUUGCAAAUAUUUUUUGCUUCUGUUUCCCUGGUUUCCACAGCGAUUAGAGGAGUAUAAAUUUAAAAUUGUAUUUUUGAAUCUGCAACGCCUCCUACAAUCAGCUGUUCUGUUCCAUUUUUUUCUAAACAUAUGAAUUAAUGAGUUUCCCAUAAAGCAUUCAGUCUAAACAAACCUCAUAUUGACAUUACCCUUACUGAACAGUGAUAGUUUUGGGUCCUGUGGAAUUAUGCUGUUCAUAAUUGGCACCCAACACUUGGCAAAAAUACUAUAAUAUUAUAUUAAGCAUUGUUAAAUGGAACCCUGGUAACUCUAGCCAUUGAAUGCAUGUUUGUUUAUUUCUCUGUAUUAAUGUAGUAUCACAUCUUAACAUUAUUUUUGUUAUCCUCUAAUGGCUUAGUAAUUUGUCAGAGUAUUAAGAAUUCUGAAACAAUCAAGAUUGUGGACUUCACUGGAUGCAGCUUGACAUGGCGUGGAGCUGAAUAUAUAGCCAAUGUAAUAAAGGUAUUGUUUCUGACAGUAUGUACUGUAUAUAUGUGAGUGCUUUUGUAUAAUAAUCACUGUAGUCACCUUAUUCCAUUCCACCUUAUCACCAAGCUGUUCCACUGGAGGAAAUCUUACGUUACUGUUAAGUUGGGUGUGCAUUGUGGUAUCACAUGCUAUCCCAUUGUGAGUAGACCUUUUAAUAUGGAAUUGUACCUUACAGGUAUACUCUAACCACCAAAACAACUUUUAGCUUAAUGAAUCCGUGUUGGUGUACAUAUCAUACCCCUAUACUUACUGCUCCAUUUUCUGCUAUUUCAGAGUUAAAUUGCUUGUUUUUAUGCAGCCCAGGAAAACCUCCCCGUGUUGUGACUCACACAGCUUCUGUGACAAAAAAAGGCUUGCAUUUCAAACCAAUCUUGCAGCUCAAUGUGAAGUUCUUGACGCCUGUUUUAAUUGCACUUUAGUAACACACGAGACUGUUACAGACUUUAGCAGGUUGGGAGAAAAGAACAUCUAAAUUAAAUCCAAUGUGCAAUACAAGAAGAUUAAUAAAGAGAUCUCUUUUCAUCAUAGCCUUUGAAGGUGUGGCUAGAAUGCAUAAGCUAAACUAUUUAAAUCCAAAAUAAGAAUUGAACUGUGAGACUGCAGGGGCAUAAUUUAUACAUCAAAACCUAUUAAUUAAAGAAACACUCCAAGCAUCAUAAUUAAAGCAUCUUGCAUUAGUUGUUAUGGUGCUAGGAGUGCCUUGAUAGUUGGCACCCUCCCAAAGAAUGGUUUAACAACUUACCUUAGAUGUGCCAGGCACCGCUGUGAUGGUUAUGGUGCCAGGGGUGUAAUCAGCUAGAUGUCUGCUGCUGCCUCCGGAAUGCUCGCAAUCAAUGUAUCUACCGUAGACCGUUUAACUACAUACCCUGAAAGAGAGAAAGGGUACUCCAAACACCAUAACCACCAUACUUAGUUAUAAUGGUUAUGUUCCUUGGAUUGUUCCUUUAAACUAAUAUUUUGAUGCUUUGAGUGUCCCUUUUAAGGAAUAUACAUAUGUCCAGAAAACAAAUCACACGCUAUGGCAUGUAAUGAAUGGUUUAGUUAUCACAUGCCUUUCUUCAAACCUUGACUUAACUGACAGAAGUGGGACCUGCUGUUGCUUAACCACUUCAAGGUUCAAUACAUUUCUCAUUUUAAGGUAUAACCUCAAAUAUGUUUAAUGACAUGUGAGAAUCUAACGUUUGGUUACAAAAUCUAUCCUUGAUACUUAAUUGAUGAUCAGGCCACUUUUAGGUGAAAAUAAAGAAACAUUAUAAUUCGUUCUAACUGGUUCACUAACCACUAUACCUGUUCAUAAUUGUUAGAGGGAUAUUGUAGGCACCCAGACCACUUCAGCUCAUUGAAGUGGUCUGGGUGCAAUGUCCCUUAACCCUACAGUGGUAAUUAUUGCAGUUUCUGAGAAACUGCAAAAAUUACCUCUGAGGGUUAACUCUACCAUACAGACACUCCCGGAAUCGAAACGGACCUUUAUCCGACACUGGUCCGUUAUCUGACACUGGUAGUCCUCACGCUCUGAAUGAGGAACUCCAACGUCAGAUUUUUUUCUCCAUAGGAAAGCAUUGAAUAAAAUCCUAAUGCGAGUGCGGCCAUUGCUGUGCAUGCGCAUUAGGUCUCCCCUGCCAACUGACGGUGGGGAGGAGUGUGGACGGAGCCUGACCCAGCGCCAAGGGACAUCAGUGCUGUAUUCAGGUAAGUGAGUGAAGAGGGGGGGGGAGACACUGCAGGAGCCUAUAGUGCCAGGAAAACGGGUUUGUUUUCCUGACACUAUAGAAUCCCUUUAAAACAGCUUGUUUUUAGUUGGUGACAAAGGUACUGCAAACUGUUAUGCUAUUUUAUUGAGUUAUACAGAUUUUAAAUGAAAACAUAAUAUUAUAUAUCGUUUGAAUGUAACAAACAGUAUUUGUGUAUGUAAUGCUUUUAGCGAACCAUUUAUGUCGAGGUCUGUUAUUUAAAUGUCUUUUUACUCUCAUAGCAUCAAGCAACCAGACGACAUAGUGAGACCUGGGCUGAAAGCCUGAGAUACAGAAGACCUGACCUUGACUGCAUGACAGGACUGAGACGUGUCACACUAAACUGCAAUACCUUUGUGGGCGACCGUGGAGCCAAUUCUUUAGCAGAAAUACUUGCCGAAGAUCUUUGGCUAAAAGGUAUUACAAAUACCAUAUAAAACUACACUGUGAAACAGAUAUGACCAAGACUAGCAGUAUUUCUAUAAAACCCUAAUGUCAAUGUCUUGAAGACUUAAAGGGACACAGACGUAGAAAUAUCUCAAUUAUCAAGAUAAAUUGAAGAAUAAAGGGAAUUUAUAAUUUUCCAUGUAGUUGCACACUUCAUACAAAGAUCAAUAUUUUUUUCAGUAAUUAUCUUGUUCUUUGUUGUGUUGUGAAAAGCUGCUCUUUAUAUUGUGUGUUUUUUCCGUAAAAUCUACAGGUUAAUUUGUUUUCCUUCUUAUUUCCACAAUAGCUCUAGAUAUGCGUCAGUGUGGCAUAUCCAAUGAGGGUGCAGAGUCCUUCCUCAAAGCUCUUCAGACGAAUACUACUCUACUGGUACUGGAUAUGAGACAAAAUCCUCUAAUUGGUAUGGUUUGUUUUUUUUCAGGGAAACUGGUCAUUGGAAUGAUUUUAGAUUUUUGUUCAAAACCUCAGUCUUGUGAAUAUGAAAUGAAGUAGGCAUUUAUUCAUAUAACUGUACAAAUGAUUAUUCUUUUUUAAAUUUGGUUAUGGAACAAAAACUUUUUACAUUUUAUUUUGUCACUUAUAGCAAAACUGAAAUCUUGUUGCAUUAACAACCAUUGUUAACAACAACUGUGAAGAUCUAAAAAUAAAAAAAUCAUGGUAACUUAUAGUGCUGUUUAAGAUAAGGCUGGCAAUGCAUUUGUAUAUAGUUUGCAGGAAUAAUUAUUUGUGUGUAGGAGCAGCACAUGUAAAUGCAUGAGUUUAUUUGCAUAUAUUUUAACAGUGAAUUCAGAAUCCCAAUUGUUAAUAGUACUAGUAGUUAUUGUUUUGUCAGUUUGCUUGAAUCUUGUUUAGGUGCUGUUUCUGUAAGCCUCAGACCCUGCUACACCACCAGUGGAUCCUCUCCUGCCUGUCAUUGUAAUAACUGUAAUGCCACCAUAAUUUGUCUAAAGUAAAAAUUGUCAGGAAUUCAAAGUGAAUUCAAAAUUAAUUUCAAAUCAAGGCCAGAAUAGCCAAGCUGGAAACAUUUCCUAAUCUAGCUACUUUUGGAUUACGCUUGAAAUUUACUCUGAAUUCCUGAUAAUUCUCACUUUAGUUAAUAACUCGACUGAUGUGGGGACAUUAUAGCCAUGCACAUAUGAUUGAUAUAUAAAUACAAUUUUCAAAACUGAUAAGUAAUUUUGUAUAUUGGUUGUGAGCAUGCCCAAUCACAUAUUUCUGGUUUUUAUUUUUAUUUUUAUUUGAGAUUUAAAUUGAAAGAUUUUAAAAGAUCCAAUACAAUCAGUUUUGAAAAUGGUAUAUAUCAUAAGGUUCCAGUAGAGCAGAAGAGUAUCUCGUAAGUUUCCUAAAAAAGUGUACAUAGCAUGUGUAACACAAAUUAGCGUUCAUUACUAAUUCUAAGUAAUAGGAAAAUGUCUUGAAAAUGUGUAGUAAUUUAAGAUAUUUUUAAAUAAACGCAAAUAGAAUUAAAGGGCCACUAUAGUCACCAAAACAACUUUAGCUUAAUAAAGCAGUUUUGGUGUAUAGACCAUGCCUCUGAAGUUUCACUGCCAUUUAGGAGUUAAAUCACUUUUGUUUCUGUUUAUGCAAUUCUACCCACACUUCUCCUGCCUGUGACUGACACAGCCUGUAUGAAAAUAAAAUUAUUUUAUUUUCAAUCAAAUGUAACUUACUUUAAAAGUUUUUAUCUUCCAUUCUGUAAAUUGAACUUUAGUUACACACAGAAUGCUCUUGCAGGGUCUAGCAAGGCAUUAACAGAGCAGGGGAUAAGAAAUUCUAAAUUAAAGAGUUUGCAAUAAAGGAAUUGUAAACAUUAGAUAACUCUUUACAGGAAGUGUUUAGGACAGCUGUGUUGGUUAGAUGCACAGAUGUGUGCCUAGAACUGUAUAAACAAAGUGCUGCAACUUCUGAAUGGAACAUUAUUGCACAGUGAGAUUGCAAUGGCAUGAUCUAUACACCAAAACUGCUUCAUUAAGCUUGUGUUUUUUUUGGUGACUAUAGUGUUCCUUUUAGGCUAUGCAAAAAAGUUCACCUUGGGUUUUUAUUUUGUUGGAACAUUUCUCCCAGAUAUAUUUAAUGUGCAAUCCACACCCCCAUUUAUAUGUAAGUAGCAUAAUUGCAAGAGUUUAGAGGAGCUGUGUGAAAAUUUUCCAUGAGAAUUAAAAAAUUUUUUUUUUUCAUAAUCCAGUUAACAAUUCAUUUGCACCGGUCCAAUAAAAGUAAUUUCAUGAAUAGUACGCAAAAAGCUCUAACAGUAGUGGUCAUGUGGGAUACUUUUGAAUCCAUGCAACUGAUUGUUGUGACUGCUGUACCAACUGUGUACUAAUCUGUCCCUGUAGAGGAGCAGGAGAUCUGUUCUCAAAGUAAAACAGAUUUCUCCCACAUGAUUCGUUUGACCAUAUUUCAGUGUUUGACAGGAUGCUCUAAGAUGCAAUGUAGGGAUCAUAGAUGUCAAACUCCAGAUGUUAGGGACAGCCUGAUUUUCAGACAAUACUUUACUUUUGCUCAGUGAUGCACAAUUUUAACUGAUUACAUAUUCAGUAGAUAAAUCCUAAUGCCAUAUCAUAAUUCUAGCUCAUUAGGAUCACGUUUGACAUUUCCAGGUUAUGACUAAACGCUGCUUUAUGUUUUUGUUUUAGAUUAUUCAUUGCUGAAGACUCUCACGGAGAGAGUCCUUAUGAAUGCACAUGGUUCAAAUUCUGAGGUAUGUUUUGUCAGCUAGUUGGUUCAUCAGUGAUCAGAAUAUGAUACAUUGUACUAGAUAAUUUGAAGACCAUUGCCAUGUCAGGCUUGUGCUAUUGAACAAUGAAUUGGCAUUUGAUGUUUUAGUAAAGUUGCAAUAAUAAAACAUGCAUCUUAAUGUCCUGUGUGUUCUUGGUGGUUCUGCACUAAAAAAGAAAAAAAAGAAAAAAAGUUUUUGCAUAUCAUCUGUUUAUGGUUAAGACUUUUUGUAAGUAAAAAAAAAAAAAAAACAACAAAAAAAAAGUUGGCCUUUCCUCGUACACAUUCAUUCUGAUAAUUUAAAAUAUCAGAACCUUUAGAUUCAGCAACUGGUAGGCACUCUGUUAGUAUUAGGAACUACAGCCAAAGAUUUUAAGUAUCAAAAGCAUGGGCCUGGGAACUGUGCUAUACAAAUCUUCUGAAACAUCACUUAUACGAGGCUUUCGAUGUUAGUGUAUUCAAAUACAAAUAUUUUGUAUUUGUAUUUUAUGAGAAUCAAUAUGAGAUGUUGCAAACCUUCUGGAUCACCCAUAGUACGCUGCUUCCCACUGGGAGUACAUAUCAUGUCAACAAGAUGGAGGAGUAGUUGCUGCUUAUUGGACAAUCACUUAGAAUUUGUAUAUUUACAGCAAAUUACAUUUUGUCGUAAAUACAAGGCCCCUUGCACACAGGGCCGGAGUGGCCCAACAGGAUACCAUAAAUUUCCCAGUGGGCCGCAGGACUUGGCCCGGGGAGAGACUGGAGAGCCCUAUGUAGGGAGCGAGCUUUCUGGGACUUAAGCUCUGCCCCCGGUCGCAAGCUGGUGACCUCAGGGCAGGAAGAGGCCUGGGAUUGGAGUCCUCACCUCCCAGGACUUCCACAGCAGCAGCCUGCAGUGCCAGAUAAGCUUCAAAUACACUGCAGCUAGUGAGUGAGAAUGAUCUUUUGUGUGUGUGCUUGCUGUUGUGAGCAUAUGUGUUUUAGUGAGCUUGUCUGCAGUGAGCAUGUAUGUGUGUGUCAGUGAGCAUGUCUGUAGUAAGCAUGCAUGUGUGUCAGUGAGCAUGUCUGUAGUAAGCAUACAUGUGUGUCAGUGAGCAUGUCUGUAGUAAGCAUGCAUGUGUGUCAGUUAGCAUGUCUGUAGUGAGCAUGUAUGUGUGUUUUAGUGAGCUUGUCUGCAGUAAGCAUGUAUGUGUGUCAUUGAGCAUGUAUGCGUGUCAUUGAGCAUGUCUGUAGUAAGCAUGUAUGUGUGUCAGUGAGCACGUCUGUAGUAGGCAUGUAUGUGUGUCAGUGAGCUUGUCUGUAGUAAGCAUCUUUGUUUAUACCAGUGAGUUUGUAUGUACUAAGCUUGUGUGUACCUGUAAGCUUGUCUGUGUUUGUCAAUGAUCUUGUGUGUGUUAGUGAGAUUACCUGUGUCCUUUUGUCAAUGAGAUUGUCUGUGCCUGCAUGUGAGUAGGCUUAUUUUUUACUAAUAUUUAUAGUUAAAAAAGGAACAUACCAAUAAUAAAAGUAUAUAUUUAUAAAUCCUUUAGUGAGAAUGUUGAAUAUCCCUUAAUAACAAUUAAAAUAUGAGUUAUUCUAAUUCAUAAACAUAGAUUUUACAUAUAUUAUAUAUUUUAGAUCGAUAUAUAAAAUCUAUGUUUAUGAAUUAGAAUAACUCAAUCUGGGGCAGCAAGAUGUAGCCAUAUUUUAAUUGUUAUUAAGGGAUAUUUGACAUCUCACUAAAGGAUAUAUAUGUAUAGAAAAAAUGUAUGCCUAUAAGUCAUUGUGCCAAGGUAGUGUGUGUGUGUGUGUGUGUGUAUAUUUAUUAUAUAAAUUGUGUGUGUAUGUGUAUAUAUAAUAUAAUAAUAUAUACACUACCGUGGCACAGUGACUUAUAGGGCUGGCAUACAUUUUUUUUUUUUUCCAGGGCUGUUUUGCAUUCCCAGCCGGACCUUGCUUACACAACAGAUCUGCAUUCUGCUUAUCUCACCACAUGUACAAACCUUUUCUUUCAUAAAAUGUUCUGACGUUUUAAGGCUACACGUGCUUGUAACUUCAUCUUCUUGUUGCCAAGGAAAAGGUGUUCCACUUUCAAUUGGUAGAUUUUUGGGUGUCUGGUCUUAAAGGACCACUUUAGGCACCCAGACCACUUCAGCUCAAUGAAGAGGUCUGGGUGCCAGGUCCUUCUAGGGUUAACCCUGCAGCUGUAAACAUAGCAGUGUCAGAGAAACUAUGUUUACAUUAGGAUUAAUCCAGCCUCUAGUAGCUGUCUCAUUGACAGCCGCUAGAGGCGCUUCCAGGCUUUUCACUGUGAAAAUCACAGUGAGAAGACGCUGAUGUCCAUAGGAAAGCAUUGAGAAAUUCAGCGCUGACGUCGGAAGAGGGAGGAGAUUUCCCCAGUGCCGAGGGAACCCGGUGCUGGAGAAAGGUAAGUGAUUAACUGGCGGGAGUGGGACCUUGAAGGUGGGGGAACCUAAAGACCCUAUAGUGUCAGGGAAACGAGUUUGUUUUCCUGGCACUAUAGUGGUCCUUUAAGACUAAAAUUGAUGCCAUAUGUGCUCUUUUCAUAGUUUCACUAUUUUAAAAUUGUCAUAAGUGCACAGAACAGGCAAGUUGGUGAAUUGUAUUUUUUUUGUAAAAAUAAUUUUGGUAACUUGUUCUGUGAGGGAUUAGUGAAUUCAGUGCCAAGUUUCUUACUGUAGGGCAUUUAGUUUUCUUUGUACUAUAAAAGGGAAAAAACAUGUUGAGCAGGAAUUUGACAGGAUUGCAUGGUAAACUAGUGUACCUAUGCUAAUGUUCCAUAUAUGCAUCGCUUACAUCAAUAAACCUACUGCAGUCCUCUGAAUACAUAAAAGCAAGAAAAACAGGUCCCCUAACCUUUCUUGCUUUUAUAUGAACUUGCCAUUUAAAAAAAAAGUAUUUUUUAUCAUUAAAACUUAUCUUCGUUCCAGCGCCGAGAUCCUCGGCAAGCCUCGCCCCCUUUUUCAUCAAAAUGACAAAGUAGCAGGGCUCAAUCAGAUGCUUCAUAGCGAUCUGGUGCGCAUGCGCAGCUUCGCGCUGCACCAAUAGCGUUCUUCAUAGAGCGGCAUUCCACCCUAUAAAUUAACUCAGCGCUGUACCGCGCGUGUGCGCGGUAUGCACGUUAGCAAGCUGAGCUGACUGACAGCUUAGCUCACUGUCUAUGCCCGCCCCCCUUCUACGGCAACCCUCAACCCAAAGUUAGUAUAAAAACACUAUACAUAGAGAAAUCUCUCUCUCUAUAUCUAUCUAUCUAUCUAUCUAUCUAUAUAUAUAUAUAUAGUGUUUGUAUAAAAACACACACAUUUUAAAUAAAUAUUGUUACACAUGCGCACACACACUAUCUAUCUCUAGCUAUCUUUCUAUCUCUAUAUCUCUAUUCUAUCUAUCUCUCACUCUCUCACACUCAUUGUCUCACUCUCUCUCACACACUCUCUCACACUCACUCUAAAUUUUUAAAAUAAGUGUACUUACUGUUUGAAAUCAGGAGAUCUCUGCAUCCUUCUGCCUUCAGCCUGUCAGCUCUCGCCGAUGCUGUGUGCAGGAGAUCUUAUGUCCCACACUUUCGGCUCUGAUUGCUGACAGGCUCCGUGUUACUACAGGACAUAGGAGGCAUUGUGAACACGCCUCCUAUCUCCUGUCUGCUGAUAGUACAUUUGAUGUCUACACACAAGCGUGAAGACGUCAAACGUGAUGAAUGCGAAUUAUGCAUUCAUGAACUCGGAAGUCCCUCUGGUGGUCGUCUGAGUGACUGCCUCUGGAGGUGUUCCUAGGUUCUAAUGUAAACACUGUAUUUUCUUAGAAAAUACAGUGUUUACACAAGAAGGGCUGGGAGCUAUAGUUAUCACCUGAACAACUUCAUUAAGGUGAAGUUGUUCAGGUGACUAUAGUGUCCCUUUAAUAUGUAAAGCAUUAUUAUAUUGUUUGUUGUUUAUUUUAUAGUCACAUUACUUCAUUUAUUUUGUUAGAGAUUGUUGCAGAACAUCCUAAUUGAGCUUUAUUUAUCACAUUACUGCUGAAUAAUCGGAUAAUCAGUGGCUUUUUUUAGUGUGCGUGAGGUUUUAUUUUUUUUUGUUUUUUUUAUAAUCCAUUUUUAGAUAACAAUUUUAAAAAAGCUUUUUCUUUGGGACCUAUCCAUCUUUUUUUCUUUAGAUUAAUUUUACUGUAGUGCAUUCCAUUUACACAUAUAGAAGCAUUUGAGCUUUUUCCCCCCCCUCCUUUUUCUGAUGUUGUGUUACACCAACUAAAUCAAGCUUUUCUGAGACCAUCUCUCUUCAUUUUAAUUUUAACUCUUUAUCUGUUUUUUUUUUUUUUUUCAUUAGACCUCUCUCUUAUCUUUGUCUUGCUUUGUGUGUUUAGAUAUUUUUUUUCUCAUCUGAUCUAUGUCUCUCUUUCCUGUCUUUUCUCUUUUGUAAUAUUGUCUGUUUCUAUUUUUUUUUCUCUCUCUCUCCCUCGGUUAUUCCUGUAUAUAUCACCACUUUAUCUUUGUUUCUCUAUUAUCAUUAUUAUCCCCAGUCAAAUCACCUACACCUUUCAUGAGGCCAUCUCUUACCUACACAUUAUGUCCAGUGCCUGUAGAAUCAAGAUUCUCAUGUGCAAACCCCCCUGCCCCAUAUUUCUGUUUGAAUCUGUGAUUAUAAUGAAUGUAUACAGCUGUGUUUAAAUAAAAUUGUAAUAAUAGUUUACAUAGGGUAUCCCUCUGUGGUGGGAUUAGGGGAUGGUUUAGGGGCAGCAAUAGGGGUCGUAUUAUUGUUAGGAUUAAGGGUAAGGUUUUAGGGUUCAAUUAGCGGCAAGAUUAGUCGAACAGGUAUACAUGUGGGUUGUCUUAAUAGAGACCAGCAGCCGAUUACAAAUAUAUGGAGUUUGCAGUUGUGGGGCACACAUGGUCUGUGAAUUUGCCAAAAAUAAACAUGUGGAAAUAAAACACACACAAAAAAAAACUACAAUAUUUGAUGUAGGUUUGUGAUAAAUUUGUUAAACUAAAAGUUUCAAAAUGCUCUUAGUUACAUAGUCUAGGGCCAUGGUACCCAACCCGGCCCUCGCGUACCCACUAACAGUCCCGGAUCUAGGGAUUACCCAGUUGUGUCUAAGGUAGAAAAAACCCAAAACACUUUAGACACAACAGGGUGAACCCUAAGUCCUGGAUGGUAGGGGAUACUUGAGUAUUGGGCUGCCUGCCCAGAUAUUAACAUUUUUGUAGUAGUCACAGAAUUGAAAAUGCUACACAAAAGUAUAUAUUUGUAGAAAGUACAUCCCCUAGACCAGGGGUUCAAUAACAAUAACACACUCUGCCGCUGGGGAGGAAGGACGGCACACUUCUUUCCCUGUAAUGCAUACUGCCACUGGGGAGAGGGACCAACUGUCACUCCUAACAUCUCCAUCUGGGGUUGGAGAUCUGGGCAGGCUGCCCAGUCCUCAAGUAUCCCCUACCAUCUAGGAUUUAGGGAUUACCCUGUUGUGUCUAAAGUGUUUUUUUUUUGUUUUGGUUUGUUUUUUUCUACCUUAGACACAACUUGGUAAUCCCUAGAUCCUGGACUGUUAGGGGGUACUUAAGAACUGGGUUGGGAACCACCAAAUUUUUAUUUCACAUUUUUAUCUCAAAGUUUAAAAAUACAAAGUCAAAUGUAAAGUCAAUAAAUUUGGACACAUGCUUGUUAGAGUACAGAGACUCUUUUCCUGCUAGUAUCUAAUUCAAUUAUAUUAGUUCAUCAUAAUAUAAAUAAAUAAAUAAAUAUAUAUAUAUAUAUAUAUAUAUAUAUAUAUAGAACAUUUUAUUCUUUUUCUCUUUAACCUUCUUCCUUCUCUCUUCUCUCUCUCCUUCCUUUUUCUCUUCUCCUUCUUGAUACAUAAACUUGAACGUUACAAAGUAUACUAAUUCAUGGCGUUGAAAGUAUCAAAAAGUCACUACUAGCAUACGUAGCAUUUAAUCUGUCCAAAUCUUGCAGGUGUUAGUACAAAAUACAAUACUACAAAGAGAAGAAAAAAAAGAUGAAAAUGUAUCCUGAUCGGAGGGGGGUGGGAACGACAAUGUCCCUUCUCUAGACUUCCCUUAGAUUUAUGUGUUCUUACAUUAUACGGUGUUUAUUAAACUUAUAAUGGUUUUUAGGAUGAAUCAAUAACUAAGUUUUUUGUUAUUAAAUGUCAGAAUAUAUUUUUCUAUAUUUAUUUGAUGGUUUAGUUGAUGCCUAAUCAGGCACCAGUCUGGUAUGAACAAACUUUUCCAGUUCCUAGCUUAACACCUGUCAACACUUGGAGUAACAAGAUCAAAUCUUUUUUUGUUAAUAUUGGGUAUGUUAAUAUUUAAGAGCAUCAGUUCUGGUUUUAGGAGUAUUGUGCUCUUCAGGAUUAGACACCAUAUCAUGCCAUAAUUCUUUAAUGGUCGGCACUCCCACCGUAUAUGUAAGAAAUCUGCCUCUUUUGUCCCGCAUCUCCAACAUUCAGAAGGAUGAGUAUGGAAUAAUGUGAUAAACUCCCCUUUUCAAGUGAGUUUGCCACAAGUUCCUGGAGGAGUCUGCUUGUCAGCCUCCUGCCCACAGACUAUAGACCUUGUAAAAUGUGAUAUAAAAGUCUCCGUUCCUGUAUUUGGACUAUAUGGUUCGGGAACCGAACAGCCGCACGAACCGGAGACCACCCUGGAGCUUGUUAAGCCUAAUUGCUACUUUGUAACUAUUUCCAUCUAAGUGUUCGUCUGGGUGGCCACAGUUCCUAUGGACGACCAGGAGGUGGCGGCCAUCUUGUUCGCAUGAACACAGGCAGCAGUGUUUGGUCAUCGAGUUCAUGGAACUGUUUUCCGAUACUGAAACUCCUGAACACCGCUGUACUUCCAUGAUCGUCUGCGUUCGGUUCGACAACACUUAGAAUGACACUGUUCAGUAGAAAUGUUCCCACGAACAAGCUCCAGGGUAAGACUAUUGACUAUGUUCGGUAGUUUGUUCGUUUUUAAACUACUGAAUUAGACCGACUGCAAGCCCUGAAUCUCUGGAACUGUUUUGGGCAUGGGUCUGUGCGGUCAGUCAAACAAAUGACUUCCAGAAAUUCCUGAACCCCUGUACUGAUCUGGGUGAUUUUUUGAUAUGUUGGUCACCCAGCUCAGGGCUAUCAGGAGAUGUAACUUUUGUGGGGUUUUAUGUAUUUUUAUGGUAUUUUUGGUGUGUUUGGGAAAGUGUUUUUUUUUCUGUGCUUGGAGAUAAUUGGAUUAGAUUAGUACAGUUCCUGAUCCAAUUAUCUCCCAGGCACAGAGGAAGGAUUAUCUGAUUAUGUAUGAAAGUGUCCUGGAUCUGAGAGCCAAUGUAAUUGUGUAUUUGUUUCUACUGUGGUUUACUCUCAGGUCCAGGGGGGAGUGCCCCUUGCAUGGGGACAUGCAUAUAAGGCCAGUUGUGCCUGUCAUUAAAGGAUUCCAGCUUGUACUCCCAGAACUAUGUGUCGUCUGGUUACUGGGAGGAGAAAGGGCUAUACUUUAAUCAGUGUUCCAGUGUGGAGUAUUCAACAGGGAACGUCCUUGUAAGAACUAGAGCUCCCAGGACUGUCGUCAAGUGCCUGGGGGUUGCUAGAGCGAGUUCCCCAUUCGGCUCCAGAAUAGAGCAGUUCCAGGGCCCCAGUAAAGCCACGGAGACUGUGGGCAGAAGUGCUGCGGUUUUGUCUUCUGUUCUAGCUGAGAAGUGGCCCUUUGGCAGAGGUACCCACUCAGGGUACAGGGAGCUCAGCUACAAAUAUUUUAUUUAUCCUUUUAGGGACUAAAUACCAUCUGUUUAAGAUCUUAUAAUGCAACUCAUUCAGGUUCAGUGUAGAUUUUUACCAAGCAUCUGAAUUGAGCUGCAUCAUUCUUUAAAAAAAAUCUCUUUUUCAUUUCCAUAUUGCUGGUGGGUAGUAUUUCUUUUCUAUAUUAUAUAAUAAAAGAUUUGCUUUAGAAAAUAGUUUUUUAGGAUCCUUAAAGGAUCACUAUAGGGUCAGGAACACAAAUAUGUAUUCCCGACCCUAUAGUGUUAAAACCACCAUCUAGCCCCCCCGGCCCCCUCAUGCCUCCAUAAAUAUAGCAAAAUCUUACUGUAUUCAAGCCUGAAGCUGUAGAUCUGCAUGCUGUUUUCCUCAGAAAAACAGGCUGUCUGCUGACAUCAGCAGAAGUGGUGGCCUGAUCCAAUCACAUUGCUUCCCCAUAGGAUUGGCUGAGACUGACAAGGAGGCAGAUCAGGGGCAGAGCCAGCAUGAUUCAAACACAGCCCUGGCCAAUCAGCAUCUCCUCAUAGAGAUUAAUUGACUCAAUGAAUCUCUAUGAGGAAAGUUCAGUGUCUGUAUGCAAAGGUAGGAGACACUGAAUGUUUGGAUGCAUUUUAGGCAGCCAUGACCCAGGAAGGAUCUUUAACAGCCAUCUAAGGAGUGGCCAGUGAAGCUAUCACUAGGCUGUAAUGUAAACACUGCAUUUUCUCUGAAAAGUCAGUGUUUACAGCAAAAAGCCUGAAGGUAAUGAUUCUACUCGCUAGAACAAAUUCAAUAAGCUGUAGUUGUUCUGGUGACUAUAGUGUCCCUUUAACAUUAAUAAGUUGGUCGAAAUAUUUUAAAUUUGCUUGUUCUUUAGGAAAUUCUAACCUUUUCAUUAGAUAAGGUCGGACUUUUAAGCAGUCAAAAAAAUCUUUAUUCAGAAAUCGUGAUGUCAUUUUAAGGUCAUCAAAGGUUCUUAUUUUUCCUGCAGAAAUUAAAUCUGCAACUGUUUUAAUACCUUUUUCAGACCAAGAGUAUAAAUUGAUAUCUGGCAAUAAAUCAUUUAGUAAUUCUAUUCUGAGAUGGAAGAAUUUCUUCCUUCAUAUCUAGCUUCCGUUUAAUUUCAUACCAGUUUUUUUAAAUGUGAUUUAAAGCAAAGUCUUCAUUAUAAAAAUUCAAUUUUCUGAUUUCUUGGUUAACCAGAAAAUUGCAGAAACAUUUUGAAACAAAUCUAUUCUCUUAAUUUCUCGUUUAUACCAGCUUCCUUCUUGGGAUGAUUUUUGGAGGGUACAUAUUGCGUGUAUUAAGAGAGUGGCCUGGACCAGUCUCAUCAGGGAUGGGAUCCCUAGACCUCCAUCUUCUAUUUUCUUUGACAAACUUUUAGCACUAAUCUUUUCAUUGACCAGAUAAACUUUGUGAAGGAAGAUUGUGAUAGAUUAAUCCUAUUUGUAGGAAUAUUACUCGGAAUUAGACUCAAUAUAUAUGUUAGCUUUAAAAAAAAAAAAACAAGUCUUGAUGGUAAUAAUCUUACCCCACCAUGGUAUUUAAUUUUUUUGACCAGAUUUUUAACUUUAUAUUGAUUUCUCUUAUCAAUGGGAGCAAGUUAAUUUCCAUCCAAUUUUGCGGAUUUGCUGAAAUUUUCAGACCUAGAUAAGAAAAAUAUUCCUUUGCCCAGAGAAAUUCGAAGUUGGUCGUAAUCUCUAUUUUCAUUUGAGCUGUUCUGAAAAAAGAAAAGGCCAUUGUCUUAGAGAUGUUUCAUUUAUAAUUUGAGAAACUACUAUAUAUCUGUAUUACUUUCAUUAACUCGUUACUUGAGUUUACAGGGUCCUCCAUCACGAUGAAUACAUCAUCUGCAUACAGUUUUAAUUUUAUCUCCGUAUGGUCAUUGAAACCUUUUAUUUUGUUGCUAUUUCUUAUCUCCAUUGCCAAUACUUCGAUAGUCAUGAGAUAUAAAAGUGGAGAAAGCAGACAGCUUUGUCUGGUACCAUUUUUUGUGUGUAAAUUAAUUAGAAAGGAUACCCAGACCUAUUACUUUUCCUGUAGGAUUCAAAUAUAGAGCCAUAAUGGCAUAAUAGAUCCUUCCUGACAAGCCAAAAGCCUUUAGAGUAUUUGAAAAGAAUUCCCAACUAACCCUGUCCAAUAUUUUUCUGGUAUAUCACUAACAGAUCAAUUUGUUUGGUCACAAACUAAAAUGUUAGUUUAAUAUUAACAUAUGAAAUUGAUUUGUGCACAUGAGCAUGUUUUAUAUCUUUUUUUUAGGACCCACUGAUAUUGGGGUACAUUGACAUGGUUGUAGGCUUAAACAUGGUAUGACUAAAUCCCAAUGUUUGUUUGCUGAGGUAGAUGAUCUCAAGUAGCCUUGUUAGAUUUUAUACUCUAAUUUUGUGCAUGCUUUCUUUUUCUUUGUGUGUAUUUUGCAACCACAUUUUUAACUAGUUUUAAAACUGGAAAAUUUGAGUCCGUUUUGAAAUGACAUUACUUAAGUGCAAAGCAACACUAUUUGUUAGAUGUGCAAAAUUAUGACCAUAAUAAAAGCAGUGUGGGGUGGAAUGAGAGAUUGAUAUCUGCUAAACAGUUUUUGUUUGUUUUUUGGCAUAUCAUUUAUUGAGGAUUUAAAUUAGUCCUUUGGAGAAUUUGACAUUCAACUCUAUAUUAAUUUAGAAGUCCUAAAUGGAACCUGCUCAACAAUCUUAAAUGAACAGUUUAGGCACUGUAACUGCAUCAUCUCAUUGAAGCGGUUAUAGUGUCUGAAGUUCCUGCUGGCACCAUACCUCUAUUCAGCGUAAAACCAUUUUUAAUGUUUAAAACCAUGUUUAAUAAGCACUAAACGAGAGUCCCCAGCAGCCCAUCUCCUCUGUGCUGCUUGGGCUAAUAAAAAAGUAUUUGCCUGAGUAACAAUGGGCGACUGUGAUUAGCUGAGAGUGUCAGCUUACUGCUUUUAGCUAACUGCUGUUAUAAAUUGGUUUGGCCAAAAAGAAGUGUGUAAGCUCUACUUAUUCCUCCAGUAAGGGCCAGGCUCUAGGUGGCUAGGGAACCUCAUUCAGUGUUAAUCUGCACAAAAUGGUCUAAUGUUGAAUGAAGGUACAGUGUCAGGGGACACUUGGCACUAGAAUCAAUUCAGUGAGCUAAAAUGCUUAUAGUACCUACAGUGUCACUUUUAAACAAUGCAUUAGUGGAUAAUAGUGUUUUUCACUUAAAUGUAAUGUCUCCAAUUUAGUGCUUUUUCUUUAAUUUCCUCCCAGAUGUGGAUAAAUACACAAGACCUGUGACCCUUUUUCUGUUCUUUUUUUAUUUUACUCUUUCAGUAACACAGUUUCUGGCAAAGUCCUUAUUUGACAUGUUUCUAGCACUCCGUUUCAGAUAUUUCAAUAUCCUUUUGUUUCUGUUCAUCUUUAUUACCUUGUAGUUAAUAUGGUUUAAACAGUGUCUUCUUUUUUCCUACCUAAAUUCUAUUUUUCACGGAAAUAUACAUUUCAGAAAUGACUGGCAAAUUUAGAGUGGCAAACACAACAAUUUUCAGGGGAAAAACAGCAGAAAGCAAUAUAAACAAUACUGAACAAAAUGGCAUGCAUUCUUAAAAUGACGUUAGGGUGCAGAAGAAGCAACUGAUGGAGGGGGGAAAAACAACUAAAAUGCUAGUUGAUACAUUUUGACAAAAACAUAGGGUCUUCCCCAUAGGCACAAUAUUAAACAUGCGUCGCCAAAUUAUUUCUGUCCUUUUGUGACUAACAUAAGAUGGUUAUGCUUGAUUGUCCACUUCAACUGUGUGACUAAUGAAAUUUCAUUAUUUAUUUCUCCUGGAAAGGUGUCCAAUAUUUUUUUUAUAAAAUUGCAUUCUUUCUUGAUAUAGUUGCAGUAAAUUCAACAAAUAUGUGUUUAUAUAUUUCAGUACAAGUGGUUCAAAUCUCCAUCUUCAAAGGAUGGAUCAAAAGUCCGACAGAAAUGUAGAUCCACUAAUGUAAGGCAUGGAUGGAAAGGAAGAAACACUCUCCGUAUCGGUACAGUUGUCAUCUAUUUUAUUUAGUUUUAUUCUUAAAAUAAAAACAAAAACUAAAUGUGGGAUUUAAAAUGGAAUGUCUGUAAUAAGUCAAUUAUCAUACUCUUUAAAGAGUGCAAUCUCUGAAAUAUCAAACACUACUUGUACAAUUCAUGAUUUUACAAGUUGUAUUUAAUAACUGUUUACUAAACGUAAAUAAUGGAGCAUCUCUUGAUCUAAUUUAGACAAACACUCCUAUCACCAUAACAACUUAAAGAGAAACUACAGUGCGAGUAAAACAAGGUCAUUUUUCUAGCAAAAACACACAAAGGUGGAUGUGGAUAAAAAGGCGCUUAAAAUAUUAUUAGGUGUGAAUUAUAUAAAAUAUAGCUGCUAUGUGCACUUCUAGUGAAUACUCCACAAGACACUAUAAAUAUAAACCAUACAAAAAAAAACCAAUAUCAAGUAGUGAACAAAGUGCAAAAGACCUCAAACACAGCUUGAUGUGAGUGCAGCGCUAAAAAAGUAUUUUAAAUUAUAAUACACUUACCCCUCACAGUAUAUAUGGGGUAUAUAUGUGAAAAUAAACAGAAAAAGAUAUAUAGAGUAGUAUUGUCUGAUGCGUUUGUAAAUAUAUCCAAUAGAUAGAAAGAAUAAAACUCACAUUUUAAAGAGCCUUUUCUGAGGAUAUAGGCUCUAAACACAACAGCUUCUUUGCCUUUAAAGGUAGGCAAUAAAACCUGGGGACAGGAGCGUUCUUCUUUUCUUUUGUUGAUAAAUUAUAUCUCCAAAUAAAACAUAGAAAAGAAGAAUUCUUUGGUGCAGAUGGUAUAAUCAAAGUAAAAAAGCAGUCAGAUAGGAUGUAUAAGCUCAAAUUGCUCACCUUAUUUAGAGCCUUUUAAACUGGCUCUAAGUAUUGUAGGCAUGGAUGUCAAUAACCAGAUAGCACUUCCCUCUUAUGGAUACCACAGAAAUGGAGAGGAGAUGGAAUAAAGAUAGCUAACAAAAAUAUUUAUUAAUACAUAAAAUAAACAUAAAUAAAAUAUACAUAUGAAUAAAAAGAAUCCUCUCUCUCCUUUAUCCAGAAACGCGUUUCGCCGUCCUUUUCGGCUUUCAUUCACCAAACACAGACUGAGGAAGCCGAAAAGGACGGCGAAACGCGUUUCUGGAUAAAGGAGAGAGAGGAUUCUUUUUAUUCAUAUGUAUAUUUUAUUUAUGUUUAUUUUAUGUAUUAAUAAAUAUUUUUGUUAGCUAUCUUUAUUCCAUCUCCUCUCCAUUUCUGUGGUAUCCAUAAGAGGGAAGUGCUAUCUGGUUAUUGACAUCCAUGCCUACAAUACUUAGAGCCAGUUUAAAAGGCUCUAAAUAAGGUGAGCAAUUUGAGCUUAUACAUCCUAUCUGACUGCUUUUUUACUUUGAUUAUACCAUCUGCACCAAAGAAUUCUUCUUUUCUAUGUUUCAUUUGGAGAUAUAAUUUAUCAACAAAAGAAAAGAAGAACGCUCCUGUCCCUAGGUUUUAUUGCCUACCUUUAAAGGCAAAGAAGCUGUUGUGUUUAGAGCCUAUAUCCUCAUAAAAGGCUCUUUCAAAUGUGAGUUUUAUUCUUUUUAUCUAUUGGAUAUAUUUACAAACGCAUCAGACAAUACUACUCUAUAUAUCUUUUUCUGUUUAUUUUCACAUAUAUACCCCAUAUAUACUGUGAGGGGUAAGUGUAUUAUAAUUUAAAAUACUUUUUUAGCGCUGCACUCACAUCAAGCUGUGUUUGAGGUCUUUUGCACUUUGUUCACUACUUGAUAUUGUUUUUUUUGUAUGGUUUAUAUUUUUCUAGCACUUUAGCUUUCUAUCGUGCCCCUCACCCGUGAUGCAGAAGGAGUUAAAAACGCUGACUCUGCUUCUCAGUCAACACCGAGCUCUCAUUAGAUCUUUCCUCAUAGGAAAACAUUGUAUAAUGCUUUUUCUAUGGGGUUUUGGAUGAUGCUGGAUGUCCUUGUGCAAAGCGUGAGAACGUCCCUCGUCAGGUGAGCAAAAGUGGCUCAACCGCCUGGAAGUCCCUCUAGUGACUGUCGAAGACUGCAAUAAUUACAAUUGCAGGGCUAAGAGGACUAAGACAGUACACCCAGACCACUUGACACAGUGUCCCUUUAAAUUCAUUUAAGUUGUUAUGAGGAGUGCCCAGACACUGUCUUACUUAGAGGGGUUAAAGUAAACAUCUACUGUAAAUUUAAACUAAAUCGACCCAACAUACAUUGAAUGCAUCAUAUCUGUCAUAGAGAUAUAUUAUGUAUUUCAUUUAAAAUACAGAAAUUUACUCAGCAUACCUAAUCUUUUUGUGUGUUAGUUUUCAUGUAGCACACACCUCUGAUCCAUCUCCGCUCUAUUUUGGUUUGCCAAGGAGGGGCAAGCAGGGCAAAGCUCUUCAGUGACGUUGACAUGCUGGCCUCGAUUGCCAUUGUGCAGGGGUCUGAAUGGAGUGACAUCUGUUACUACGUUCCUAUACUCCCUAGUCCACUAUAGCAGUGCUGGUUAGGGAGUUUCCAUAGCAGCUGAAAUUCAUGCACUAUGGUUGCUAUACUUGAAAAAACAGAAGAACCUGCUAUUGUUAAAAAAUAUUUUUCUCAAAAACUAUACAUUUGCUAGCAAAACUGCUAGCACAAUGUAUACCCAGAAAAUAGAUCUGAAAGCAGCACAGUCAUCCCCCCAGAAUUAUGAGUAUUUCAUAUAGAUAGAAUCUUUAUGAAAUACUCCUAUUGGCUUUGUUGGAAUUUCACUGAAAUUCCAAUCCAGUCAAGAGAUAUACAUAGACAAAGUAGGGACUACUUUUGUCUCUGUAUUUCUCCUCUGCUUGACUCUUCUUGACACAAGAGGGAGCCUAAGUCUCCAUCUCUGCAGCCAUCACCAGUGAUGGCUGCAUGGAAUUGGCUAGGUAUAUGGAGGAUCCCACAUUGUCGCGGGAUCCCCCAUAGAUCUCAAUGUGCUGUACUCUCGCACAUCCAUGCCGAGGAGGACCAAGAUGGCGGUGCAGGUGAAGGACAGGUUCAGGUAAGUAAAUUCACCUUUACCUGCCCCCUCCGCCACCAGACCAUCAGCAUCGAUGUCACCGCCGGGGGACCUUGCAAAUUCGGCAAAGUCCUCAAAUGGUGACCAUGCCAAUUGAAAUAAAGCAAAGAAAGGGGAGUGAUCUAGAAAUUAUGAGCUGAUAUAGAGGGGAAAAGGGGGAACUGUACAUGAAGAAAGAAGCUAAAAUUUGGAAGGUGAGCAAAAGGGUAAAUGACAAUGAGGCUUUCUUCUAGUCUGUUACUUGUAUUCCUGAAGAAGAGUGGACACCAUGGCUUAAUAACAUUCACCAUCAGCAUGGUACAGACUGUUAGUGUGUAGUUGUUUGCUUGACAUGGACUUCACUUGUUCUUUAGAAAAAUACAUUUUAUGUUUUCUUUGUUUUUGUUAGAUGCACACAUUUUGAUCAAUGGAUUGGUGGCUGCAUACAGUUUAUUUUUUUUCUUGUGUGUUGUAUUUACAUGUUUUGCUUAUUUGCAUUGUUGCUACAGUUAUUUGGCGGUAUUCAGGUAAGGAGAAUAAGCCAUACAGUAUAAACAAACUUGUUUCAUUGAAACCCAUCUACAUCUGUGUUUUCAGAAUUGAUUUGUAUUUAUUAAUAAAUACAUCUUAUUUAAAAAAAAAAAAACACUUUCUUUCAAUUAGCUGUGACAAGGAUCCAUGUUGUAAUUUUUUUACAUAAUAUCUUAAAACAAUAUUUAAAGUGAAGCUGUAAAGGAAAAGUGACUUUGCCUAAAUCACCACCAAAUACAUUGAAUGCAUCAUACAUCAUAGAGAUACAUGAUGUAUUUAAUGCAAAAUAAUCAGAUUUACCCACCCUACCUCAUUUCAGCACCACCAUGUUCUCAUCGUCAUGGGUGUUACUCUUAAAGUAACACCAACCUCGGGUUCGUCGUCCACUCUGCCUCCAGUCUUAUUUGAUUUUGCGUGCUUUGGGAACGCUUUUCUGAGCAUGGCAAACAUCCCCAGUUACGCCGACACACUGACCUCUUUGCCAGCACGAAUGGAUUGAUGUUCAUCAUUCUGUUUCUCAACUCACGAGACAGCAUUAUUUGCGCUAGCAAAGGAGUUACCAUAGCAGUCACAGCACAUACUUUCUUGUUUUUAUGUACCUUUUAAAGGAAUUUACAAAGGCACACACUAUACAAUUACUUGUAUGGCUUGUGAGGGGGGAUAUUACUUUUCUUUGUCAUGUAUUUCAAUAAAAAAGUGCUAGGGGUGAGCUAAGAGUUAUUGUCAUGUAGAUGUAGGAUCUUGUGACCUACCUAUGGGUUUGGAUAAAUUAGCUUGUCUUCAUCCCCUUGUCGUAGGACUGCAGAUGUUUUUGGAUCAUAUUCCCAAUAAUACUUUAGGUAGUCAUAAUCUAAUGUUGGUAGUGCAUAUGUUUAUGGAACACAUUUUCACUGACGCAUUAGACUGGCUGGCAUCAUGAGAAAUUAAAUAUAAACAAUGUAUGAACUUUUACUGCACAUGAUUAAAGACUAGAUUUUUCACGCUGUCCUGGCUUUGUGGGUUACCCAUAACAAUAGCAGUUUAUGGCAUUGUACAUCCCUAGAUGACUGAGCAUCACAAACAUGCUGUUCCUGGACUAUAGACUGCCUUACCUAACCCUCUUCAGUACUGCUCCUUCCACUCCCACUCUCACCCUCCUUCACGGUAAUGUUUCCAACCCUCUCUCUCACAAUAUUAAUACCUCCUUUUUUGGCAGUUCUAUAGAAUUACAGAAAGGAGUGACUAGGUGGUAAAACAUAAGCAAACAGGUGUGUAGACCCUACCUUUAAAUUCUCUUCUCUGCUCUCUCUCGGAGCCCCAAAAUAUUCUCUCUCAUGACCUGACUGUUUAAGAAACCAAGUACGUUAUGAGUUUGGUGUCUAAUUUGGGCAUUUACAUUUAUACUGGGUCUCCAUCAGGAGGAUACUGUGGAUCCUGACUAACACUUCAUUUAGUACUGCUCUAAAUGUCUCAAGAAUCGUUCGUUUCACGGCAUGCAGUUUGAUCUAUUAAAGAUCAACUUUAAAACCUCAUCUGCCUGCUCAUGACAUGUCCAUUUUAAGCUCUGUAACUUUGACUUGCUCUAUCUUAUUAAUUAUAUUUUUUUAUGAUCAUUAUAUGCUUUUAAAUCUCUUUGCAGGGAUUUCAACCAAAAAGCAUUUAAUUUCUACAACAACACUUAAGGAAUUAUAUGAUCCAGAACCAAAGCCCCCAGGAGUUAAAGGUUUCCUCCCAUGGAGAACUGCAGAGAGAGCAAACAGGCGCAGGUUAAGUAUUUGGCUUAUUUGUUUCAGUAAUGCAUGCAUACAUGAUGUUACAAUAUAUCUUCAAAUAUGGCUUGCUAUGUGAUACUAUUGUCUAAAACUUCCCGUACAUUCUUUCUUCCUUAGGGAAAAAUCUCCAGAUUGGUCUCCAAGCUCUCCAUCACAGGUAAGACAUUUGACACACCAAUAUAAAUGUAAUAUGUCUGCAUUCCUAUAAAAGGUACAAUAAAGACUUUGGAAGUCCUCCUUGGGCACAGAACCUUGAGAAAUCUUGUUUCCACAACUAUCACAGAGUUCCCAACUUGACAUGCAAAUGAGCACAGACAUUGUGCUUCAUACUGCAUUCUGCAUUUCUGCAGGUACCUAAGCACGGGUUAGGAUCCAUAAGGCUUAGUGACAAGAAAGCACCCAUGUGCUGUAGGGUCUCAACCUCGGGGUCUCGCCAGCAGCAUGGUGCUGUGUCUCGCUGGGCCGGAUUUGGUUUCUAUUCUGGGGAGGGGCACUGGUAGAUUCAGGCACACUAACCACUACAGGUGUCUGUAGUGGUUAUGGUGCCAGGAGUGCCAUGGCCCCCUCCAGAGUAAGUAGUCAAACAGUUUAAAAACAGUUUGGCAAUUUACCUGUGGUCUGCUGGUGUAGGGGCUGUAGUAGGGGUUAGGGCCUGUGGUUUUGCAUAGGAGCUUUAGUGUGUGUGUGAGGGGUGCAGUGUGUGAAUGUGUAGGGAGUAGGAGGGGAGUGUACGGUGGCAGAUUAAUAAAUAUAUACUUUUUAAAAUUAAAAUAAUUUUGUGUGUGAGGGGUGCAGUGUGUAAUGUGUUGGCAGUACUGGGGUCUAGGGGUCAAAGUGAGUGUGUGUGUGUGUGUGUGUGUAUAUAUAUAUAAUAUGUGUGUGUAUCUAUAUAUUUUUUUAUUUAUUAUUUAUUAAAAUAAAUAUUUAGGCAAUCCCUGAUGAUCCUGGUGGAGGGUGUAAACUCUAGCCUGCAGCUCUGCUAGAGUUCACUCUAGCAAGAUUUGGAGUGUUGCCAUGGUAACCACGACAAUGCUCCGAGCUUGCGAGAAGACAACCCAGUGGAGCUGCACGUUACAGCAUCCGGUUCCUCACUCCCUCCCCUCCCAACUUUCAAGCGAGGUGGCUGUGGGCUGGCGAGGAAGAUCUCUGAUCUCCCCUCUGGUCCGUGAAGGCACAUAGCUUGGAUAGCGCCAGCCCUGAAUGAACCGGCAGGUGAGAGGGAGAACAAGACGCAACUGCCUCCUGAUGACGGCGUUUUAGCAUGCUGAAAUGCGCGUCGAUCUAUUUUAUUCUUAAUUUGCAUUUGGGUAACACUAUGAACGUUUGAAUUUUUGUUUUGAGUGUUCAGGGUUACUGGUUCAGGUAGGCAUUAGCUCUGUGCGGUGCCAAUGUAUAUAGGGACAGCGAGAGAUUUUUAUUAAUGGGGAAUUUGUAGUACCUUUAUCUUUUGCAACCUCCUGGUUCCCUCUCUGGCGUUUUGGGACACAGUGUACUUCUACCUCUUUGUAAAUACCCUCUUCCCUACCUGUCCAGAGGUGGACACCACCCACCUCUUAUACCACUGUUUUAAUACUGUUUAUAAUUUCUUUUUAAGUGGACCAUUAUGUUUUGUAUAAUUGAGAAUAAAGUUUAAGGUUUUUUUUUUUUUUUUGCCACUCAUAAUACUUUUGUGCUUCCUCCCAGUGAAUCCCACAGUUUUAUUAUAUAUUUGAUCCCUUUUGCUAUUUCCCCUAGGGGGCAGUGUUACUUUACUUGACACACUAUUUAUGGCACAAUUGUAUCCACUUUAACAGCAAACUAAUGAUUUUGGAAAGAUUGUAAGGUACUGUUAACUAGAGCCAAUUUCUCUGACUGGGCUCUGUUGGAAACGUUUUUUUAUGAGAUAAAAUAUGGUGCAUUUUGUUUUCAUGCCUAUGUAAUUUAGUUCUGUAUAUUAUAGAGACUCUUAGUUAAAGUAUUAACACUGACAUAAUGUAAAAUUUAUUUCAAAACUCUCUAUUACCUAAUUAUUUUUUUAAGUCUAUUUCUGUUAUUUUUUUAUUUAUUUUUUAUAAAUAUUUUAAAAGUUUAAUGCAUUUUUAUAUUUCACUAGCAUUUUACUGUUUGAUAGUGGAAGGGUCUUCAUGGCAGACAGAAAUGCUUAACGAUUGCUUCAACAUUGUCAAUGUGGCAGGCAAAGGUUCUCAUAAACAUAGCUGGGAGUUUGUGUUUAUUCUGUAGCCAUCAACAUGAUUAUAUUACCUGGUAUGGACUAGGUGUUAACAUAGGUACAUCAUGGCAAUAAUUGUCACAAAAUGGAGGACACUUUCACAUGAAAAUAUCUUGGGAAUGCUUAUUCUGAAAAUGCUAGCACAAUCACUUAUGUACUCAAGCUGAAUUGCCUGCAAUUCAAAUUGAGAGCAAAGUGACUUUCAAAAUUUAGGUUAAAGUAUGCUGAUUAUGAGACUUGUGGCCAUUGUUACUUAUUUUUUACUUCUGUUCAAUUCUGCCCAAGACAGACUGUCACACACAUAUAAUUUAUUUGGAAAAGUCAUAUAUUAUUUGAUAAGCGCCUUUCUGAAAACUGAUUUACUAGAAAAAUGUCACUUAAAACUUAAUCUCUCAUUGUAGUGACAAGUGUUGUUACAGACUGAUGUACCCUGUGCAGUAAUAAAAUGUUUACAGCAAAAUAAGGUUGUUCGUCAUUGAGUACGUUGGAGUUAAGAGUUCAUACUUUCGCAAUGUUCUCUGACCCACUUCCAGCCAUGUCCUCUAUCUUCAAUCAAAGGUUGCCAGGUAUACCCUUUUGUAGGCCCAAAUGGUCCUUCAUCUUCCCUAUUAAAAUCCCUAACUGUUUUGUGUAAUUUAGUAAGCUGGUAAUCUAGCUGAAGACAACAAUCGUGAAAACAAUUUGUGUAUAUACCCAGUUAUCACUAGAGCAAAAAUAUGUUGUUUUAAUCACCAUUGUUUAAGUUUGCAUUUUUGUUAGGUAAUGUCGUAACUUAAAGGAUCACUAGAGGGUCAGGAACACAAAUAUGUAUUCCUGACCCUAUAGUAUUAAAACCACCAUCUAGCCCCCCUGGGCUCCUCAUGCCUCCCUAAAUAUAGCAAAAUCUUACUUGAAUUCAUGCCUGAAGCUGUAGGUCUGCAUGCUGUUUGCCUCAGAAAAACAAGCUGUCUGCUGACAUCAUCAAAAUUGGUGGCCUGAUCCAAUCACAGUGCUUCUUCAUAGGAUUGGUUGAGACUGACAAGGAGGCAGAUCAGGGGCAGAGCCAGAACAAUUCAAACACAGCCCUUGCCAAUCAGCAUCUCCUCAUAGUGUUGAAUUGAAUCAAUGAAUCUCUAUGAGGAAAGUUCAGUGUCUGCUUGCAGGGGGUGGUGACACUGAAAUGUUUGGAUGCAUUUUAGGCAGCCAUGACCCAGGAAGGAUCUCUAACAGCCAUCUAAGGAGUGGCCAGUGAAGCUAUCACUUGGCUGUAAUGUAAACACUGCAUUUUCUCUGAAAAGACAGUGUUUACAGCAAAAAGUCUGAAGGUAAUGAUUCUACUCACCAGAACAAAUUCAAUAAGCUGUAGUUGUUCUGGUGACUAUAGUGUCCCUUUAAAUGUUUUAGUUUAUUUGAUGUAAUUUAGAUGUAAUAUAUGGCUGUGUAAAAAUAUUUAAAACGAUACUCUCUAUAUGGAAGACACCCUUAUAAAAUGUGCUGCUGACAACCCAACAGUAGCCCAAGUGGCUUAGUUUUUAGUGGCAUUGUGCUUCUAGAAACAUAAAGUCAUCUUGGCUUUUGUCAAAUAAUGCUUGACUUUUGCAUGUUAUGAGAUCCAAACCCUCGUGUUACAGUGUUGUUAGGUUUAAAAAUCAUACAAUCUUGCAUUAAGUUCCUUGUUGUGAUUAAUGGCCUUAUUGAUUUUGAAUCCCUGGAAAUGGAAAUCUGUCAUUCAGUAACAAGUGUCACCUCCAGCACAAUCUAACCUUUAUCCUCUCACACAUCAGCAGUCUUUGACCGUUUAUGAUUCCUAGUUCUAGUAAAGGUGGUGAUAGAAAUUCCCUGCCACCAAUAUCCCUCCUGCCCCAAAUAAAAAAUGUUACUUCAAAAGAUUAUUCAUCAGCAUUUUGUGUGUGUGUGUGUGUGUGUGUGUGUGUAUGUGUGUGUAUAUAUAUAUAUAUAUAUAUAUAUAUAUAUAUAUAUAUAUGUGUUAUUUAUUUAUUUUAAUAGGGAAAAUAUGUAAAAAUAAAUAAAAAUUAAAUAAUUUUUUACUUUAGACCGGUACAGGAGUGCACAUUUUGGUGAACAGUGACACUUCUGAAAGUGAAGAAGCAGAUAGUUCUUUGGAUGUUUCUGAUUUGGCAGCAGUAGAAUCCCUUCGGAAAAGUGACACAAAAAAACUCAAGCGUUUGCAGGUAGGAUGCAAAUGGUGAACUGCUUUUACGUUCUAAAUCAUGGGUGUCCAACCUUUUGGCUUCCCCAGGCUUCAUUGAACGAAGAGGAAUUGUCUGGGGCCGCACAUAAUAUAUAUAAUGUAUUUGAUUUAUAUAAUAAAACGUCAAAAGUCCUUUUCUUAAAGGGAUCCUAUAGUGCCAGGAAAACGAACCUGUUUUCCUGGCACUAUAGGUUUAAUAGGUUAGCCCCUCCCUCAUGCCCCACCCCUCCCGCGGGGCUGAUGGGUUUAAAACCCCUUCAGCCACUUACCUGAAUCCAGCAUCGAUGUCCCUCAGCGACAUCAGCCGGCGGGGGAGACCUAAUUCGCAUGCACGGCAAUGGCCGCACGUGCAUUAGACCUUCCCAUAGUAAAGUAUUAUUCAAUGCUUUUCUAUGGGGAAAAUCUGACGCUGGAGGUCUGUGAGGACGUCCAGCGUCAGAUCAGAAACCAAAAGUUUGGUUAGUAAACAGCCACUGAGGGCAGAUUUAGUGCUGCAAUGUAAACAUGUAAACAUUGCAGUUACAAUUAGCUGAAGUUGUCUGGUGCCUACAGUGUCCCUUUAAUGCUGAUAUUUCAUUUGUUUAGUAGCUAACUCCCUUAUUUGUUACCCUUUUCUGGGAUUGCCAUAUUUAAGGAUACAAAUUAGGGAGCCAUCUACUAAACACAUACACAUGUAUAAUUAUACAUUUAACCACAGACCAGUACACACACACACAUAUUCGCAGACAUAUACAAACACAAUCACAGACCCACAAACGCCCACAUACAAACACAGUUGUGCUCAAAAGUUUGCAUACCCUGGCAGAAAUUGUGAAAUUUUGGCAAAUGAAUUUGAAAAUAUGACUGAUCUUGCAAAACAAAAAUAUUUUAUUGAUGGAUAUUUAUUUUCACAUAGUUGUUUGGCUCCUUUUUAAAUCAUAAUGAUAACAGAAAUCACCCAAAUGGCCCUGAUCAAAGGUUUACAUACCCUGGAAUUUUUGGCCCUCUUACAAACACACAAGGUGACACACACAGGUUAAAAUGGCAAUUAAAUGUUAAUUUUCCACACCUGUGGCUUUUUUUAAUUGCAAAUAGUAUCUGUGUAUAUCUGUGUAAAUAGUCAGUGAGUUUGUUAGCUCUCAUGUGGAUGCACUGUGCAGGCUAGAUACUGAGCCAUGGGGAGUAGAAAAGAACUGUCAAAAGACCUGUGUAACAAGAUAAUGGAACUUGAUAAAGAUGGAAAAAGAUAUAAAAAAAUAUCCAAAGCCUUGAAAAUGCCAGUCAGUACUGUUCAAUCAUGUAUUAAGAAGUGGAAAAUUCAGGGAGCUCUUGAUAUCAAGCUAAAGUCGGGUAGACCAAAAAAGAUUUCAGCCAGAACUGAACUUUAUGGUCACAACACCAGAAGUGCUAUGUUUGGAGAGGGGUUAUCAAGGCCUAUAGUGAUAUCAUCAGGGCCGUAUUUAAUAAUGAUUGGACCCUGGGCAAGCGUUUGCUUGGGCCCCCUGGGCCCUGCCGCCCUUGCCCGUCACUCCUUGGCAUGCAAUCACAGCAUCCAUCCCAACGCAGUGGCGGAUCUAAAGUAGAAAUAAUUUUAUUGGGACCCCCAAUUGCAAGGUUGGACUAAAGGUAGAACCCCCAUCUGUCGUGCAAUUCCAACAAUGCUUUGACAGCUGGGGCUCUACCAAUUUCCCAUGCUUGCAGGGUUGUAUUUCGCACUGAGCCAUGUUUGUGUGUUUGAAUGUAAACAUGUGUUUGUAUGGAGUAUGUUUGUGUGAAUGUGUUUGUAUGUGGUACUGGAGUUUGAAUGCAAGUGUGCAUUUAUGUCUGAUGUUUGUUUUUGAAUGUAGGGGUGUGUUUAUAUAUAAUUCUGGUGUUCAACACAGAGGUAUAUUUGUAAGUAGUGUUGAUGUUUCAAUGCAGGAGUGUGUUUGUAUGUAGUGUUGAAGUUUGAAUGGAGGGGUGUAUUUGUAUUUAAAGUUGGUGCUCAGAUGCACAGGUACAAACUCUGACAUACAAGCAGAUACAUACACUGACUACAUACAGAUAAACAGGCACAUACACUGACAGACAUACUGACACACACAGAUACACUGGUAGACGUGCUGACAGACACAUAUACAGACAUACUGACACAAACACACAGACACAUACACUGAUCAACAUACUGACAGAGAUACUCACACACAUACUGACACCCACAUACACUGAGAGAAAUACUGACACAUGCACUGACACACACAGACAGAUAUACUGAUGCAUGCACAUGCACUGACAGACAUAUUGACACACACACACACAGACAUACAUACUGACACACAUGUAAAAUGUAAAUUUUGAAACCCACCCUCCAGUUUCCUACCUUUUGCUGGAAGGUGGCUUCCCUGGGGUCCAGUGUGGUGCAUGAGGCUGAUGGGAGUGAGGAUCCUCCAACCUUACUGAAGCCUCCUCCUGCCAGAUUCCGUGCAGCUCCUCUCUUUAUGGGAGGAAGUGACUUGCGGCUGUCACUUCCUCCUAGCCGGCUGCCGGAAAGCAAGGGGCCCGGUUGCGGUGUUAAAGAGCAACAGCGCCCGACCGGGCCCCUGCUGAUACAAGCCCACCAGGUGGCCCUAAGUGCAUGGGCCACCCGGUGGGACUCAGAGGACGGGGGAAAAAAGAAAUUGAUGAGGGCAGCGGGGCCCAUGGGGCAGGUGCCUUGGGCCCUCCAGGAGAAACUGGGCCCGGGGCAGCUGCCCUGUUUGCCCUGCGUUAAAGACGGCCACGAUAUCAUUCCCACAGAGAAUCUUGUUAAAAUUGAUGGCAAGAUGAAUGCAGCAUCAGAAAAAUGCUGGCAGGCGAUUUGCAUUCUUUUGCACGAAUGCUGCACAUGGGAUGUUCUUGGACUUUGACAAUGACCCCACGCAUCAGGCCAAUUUGACCCUCCAGUGGUUACAGCAGAAAAAGGUGAAGGUUUUGGAGUGGCCUUUUAAACUGCGGUUAUUUCAUUUUUUUCUUUGUUGCCAUGUUUUAUUUUGUGAUUGCACCAUUCUGUUAUAACCUACAGUUGAAUAUGAAUACUAUAAGAAAUAAAAGAACUGUGUUUUGCCUGCUCACUCAUGUUUUCUUUAAAAAUGGUACAUAUAUUACUAAUUCUCCAAGGGUAUGCAAACUUUUGAACACAACUGUAUACACACAGACAUACAUACACAAACACAAUCACAGAUCCACAUAAUUACUGCCAUACGCACACAAAAAUCACAUUCAUAUGCACAUUAAGUAAUUAAGAGGUCCACCCAGCCUCCCUACCUUGCUCUGGAAAGUUUGGAGUGGAUCCUCUCUUUGAUGGGCAGUGGUUGCUGCUGUGAUGGGAACACUGUGCUCUUCCUGAAUGAUGUUUUAUCCAAGCUGCCGGGUAACUGCGGGGCAUGCAAGGAAGGUGUGUACAAAGAACACAGUAAGUAAUAGGCUCCCUGUUUCCCUCGCUGCCCAGCAGUCCAUACAGCAACUGGGCCACAUUACAAGAGAUGCAGGGUCAAAUGUAUGCCGUGGGUUGGACACAUCUGUUCUAGAUUGAGGUACUUGCUACUCUGUUUAGGAUUUUUUCCGAAGAUUGCAAGAUGCAAAGAUUCACCUUAUUUAGUACCCAACUUACAGAGUUAAUAAACCACUGUUCAGGACUUUUGCUAAGUUUCAAAAUCUAAAUAUAUUUUAUUAUUUAUGGCAUAUGCUUUCUCCUUUCAGAAUUUAUAUAUUUUUUACUUUUUUAAUUAAAAGACUGAACUUUAUACUAUCAGCAAACAAAACAUGGCAACUUACAGCCUUUGGAUUGUUUUUGAACACCAUUUCCCAUUACGAUUUAUUUCCAAAACUUUGCUUUUAACGAGGAACUGUCACUUCAGAUGUAAUGGCAUACUCUAAGACUAAUGCACACUGUGCAGCACUGAGAUAGGAAGCACCCCAACUUUCCGUCUGAGUGAUUGCCUCUAGAGGUGUUUCUGGGCACUCACACUCACACAGUAUCUCUCUGUUUAGGCAGUGAUUACAUUGAAACAUCUGCAGGGACAUGGUAUAGACAUCAGAACCACUACAUAAAGCUGUAGUGGUUUUGGUGACUAAAGUGCUCCCUUAGGAGGAUUUGCCAAGUCACAUUACUGAUUGAUGAAUAAACACAAUUUGAGAUAGAAGUUUUUUGUUUGUUUUUUAUAAGUAUAGCAUCUAUAUUCCCCAUGUCACAGAAAGUAUUGGAGUGAGCUGUUGUAUGACCUCUUUCAAAUUAGAAGUCUGCAAUUCAUCAAUCCUUAUCAAGCUUAACUUUAAAUCAUACAUUUAUGAAAAAUAAGCUUGAUUUGUCCUUUAGCUACUGCAGAGUUUGCUUAUAUAUAAUAUGUUAAUAUAUUCCCAGACCCUGUCUUAAAGGUUCCAAAAGUUCUUUAACAAUAAAUCACCAUGAUACAAAUAAAUUAUUCAAUUUAUUAUGUUUGCUUCUGUAGGUGGAAUUAAAUGAUUGCCAACUAAGGUUGCACGAGGAAAGGAAAACAAGGUUAAAAGCCGAUGAAAGGAUAACUGAGGUAUUCAACAUUUUAUUUUUAUUUUUAAGGAAAGCAACUCUCAUUCGCAUGGUAAAGCAUUUGUGCCAUGAUAGACUGUUGUAUUAGAUUUUGCAAAUCUCUGUUACUGUCAAAUGCUCUGGGAUUUUCCUUUUUUUUUUUUUUCUGUAAGAAAUAGUCUGUUUAAUUGAUCCAUUUUGGGAAGCAAUAGAAUGACCAUAUUGAGCCAUACACAGCACAUGGGUUUUCAGAUUAGACUGUGCCUGCUUCAAGUGUCUGUCACCCUGAUGGUGAAAUUGCUGCUUGGGAUGUGGUAGCCUGUGGGUGCAGCUAUGGUGAGUUUUACUUACCUGAUGCUGUCCUCUGCAGAAGCAACUAUCUUCCUUCUUCAGCUCCUGGCCUCCAGAAGCCAAUGUUUGUGCACAUGCGAGAAAGUACAAAACCAAUGUCUAUGGAGGAGACCACUCAAGUGUCUAUAGCUAUUAUCUUUCGGUGAGAGAGACAAUGCCUUCUUCUCACAGCCAUCGCUAGCGACUGCUGUUGCAAGAGUUGAAACUUGAUUAUGGUUGUAACGGACUGCCUGGCACCCCGACCGGAUACCUCCGUCAGUCGCUGCUUACUAGUACUUGCGAGCACUAUAAGAACUGUACUGGAACACCAUAACCACCGUAAACCACCUGAACCGCUGCAGCUUGGUUGGGGGUUUCGCUGUCCUCCACCCACCCUGAACCUAAGACCAAAAUCCAGCUUCCAGUGGAUAGACCUCUCCUAACCCAGAGAGCAUAGCAGGAACAGCUCUUAUAAGAGCUAGUGAUUAUACUCAGGGGAUUGUGAUAUAGCAAUCCCAGAGUGAAUGUAGUUCUCCAAUCCCUCAAACAUGAGCCAAGACUUCAUGAAGGGGUAAACGAAUCUCUGUUUAAUGGGAGCUAAACUUGUCCAUAUAUGACAAUACCCAUGCAAGGGGUACGCCCACAUGGACCUUGUUGGGAAUUAAGUUACAAUAUUCACAGACCAAUAAGAACAGUAUUCCAAUGCACGACACUCCCCCACCUAGCAUACAAUACCUCCCCUCUGCUUUGGAGAUAAUUGAGUCAGAUACUGUAUUAACCCAAUUAAUUUCCAGGCAGAAAAAAUACAUAUUUCUUUAAAGUCCCAAAAGUACCCCAAAACACGUAACAUCCCCUGAUAGCCCAUAUCUGGGUGACCAACAUAUCCAAAUAUAACCCGGAUCGUUUCAGGGAUUCAGGAAUUUCCUGGAAGUCACAUUUUGAUCGACCGCACGCAUGGUCCCAUGCACAAAACAGUUCCAGAGAAUUAAGCUGUGCGGUCAUUCUACUUCUACGUGGAUUCGAAGUAGAGAAUUCGUAUGGCACUUUGUCUAUGUCUCUCCUUCGGGAGUUUGUUCUUACCGAAUGCCAUUAGACUCCCGUUCGAAUAGCUGAACAUCCAUAGAAGGUAAAUAGUUAGCAGUAAGAAAAAUAGAGGUAGCUAUAAAAAAAAUUGUUAUCGGUGUUCGUGCCGUCGAGUGUCUGAUUUGAGUUCCAUGAACUCGACGACCAAAAACCGCCCAUUGUACUUGCUGCUUAAGAUGGCCGCUGCCACGUGUUUGAAGUGCCGCUUCGAACCGCUUCGACCGUUCGGGAGUUCGAAGUGCUGUUUCGAAAGUUCGAAGUGUUCCUGUUACAAGUCCAAGAGGCACAAACAGUGGUUUCAAAAGGGGUUUAACACGGGGGCCAUAUUCACAGUGUAGGAGGCUGGCCAGCAGGCCCCUCCAAGAACCAGUGACGAGGUUCAGUUCGUCACAACGGUAGCUCGCAUUUUUUUUACAUUUUAUUCAUUUUAUUUUUUUUGUCAGCGUAGGAUUUUAACAUUUUAUUUUCAUGUAAACUAAUCCUGUACAACACAUGAGUGAUUGAUUUGCAUUUGUGGAAAAACAAACCUGAACAAUGAUGCUCAUUAAGCUAAUACAAGACAUACCGCAGGUUCUGUUUCAUUAUCAAGUACUUUCACAUUUAUUUAGGAUUGACCUUAUUUCUGACUGUUGAACUAUAAAUCCAGUAAACGCUUAUCCCUAAUAUGAAAACAUUUGUGGUGGUAUUGCCAGUGUAGACACACUGUACAAGAAUUUAAAAAUAUUAAUUUUAUUUAGACAGAAGUAGUCAAUUAACCUAGUGACAAGCUUGGUUACCAUAAUCCUUUUUUAUUGUUGUAUUUUAGUUUAUAUCUCUAUUGUAUACUUUUAAUGUUUGUACAUUUUAACUGUAGCUGUUUCAUUGCUGGUACCUUGUUUAAUCACUACAAGCAAAUAUACAUUGUCCUGUUUUAAUUUAGUGUUUUGUUUCAGUUGGAAAUGGAAAAUAAUCGACUAAGGCAAAUUAAUCAGAGUCUUUUUGAUGCCCUUCAAACACGAACCAUAAGCUCCUCACUCUUGGAAGAUGAAGAUGUUCUGGAAAGCAUUGAGAAAUCUUUUAAGAAAUUUCAUGCUUUUUUGGAUCUCUUGAGAGAUGCAGGGUGAGUUAUACAACCAUAUGCAUUAACAAUAGUACCCAACAGAUUUUAAAGCACAAAUUCAUUAAAUUGGUACGAACAAUCACAUUUCUUUUACUCUACCCCCGACUCAAUUGGUAAAUCCUGGAUGAACUUGUACUCAAAUUCUUUUUAGCUGGUACAAACAAUCAUAUUCUUUUUAAUCUACGCCUGUCUCCACAGGUAAAUCCUGUACAGAUUGAUUAGUUUGUUAGUUAGAUUAAAAAGGCAUUCUAACAUUUACUUGACAUUACUGACUUUUUCAUAUUAAAAAAGAAACUAAAAUACCAAUAUAUUCUCAAAUGCUGGCUGGUUAAAGAAAAUGUUUACAUGACAUGUAGUCUAUUCAUUAAUGUUAGAAUGACCCAGUACUGAACAAGGCAGAACCAUCCAAUUUCUACGUUGCCUUUUGAACUGUACAACAAUGGUGCUUUGCAAAUAUUGCAGAUCCUAUAGUUUAUAUAGGGUUCGUGUUUGAAAAGAACCUAUUUUAAAGCCAUUUAAAAGUCCAGGAUAAGUGACACUGCUAAAUAAAAAUAAAAUAAAACCUGAUACAAGAAGAAAAAAAAAAAAGCUGGAAAAAUCAAGUGCAAUGCAAUAAAAAUAAUACAUCUUCACCUAUUAGAAAGCAGAAAACAGAGCAGAAAGAGUCUGCUCCAACGAUAAGCACUCUUAUAAUAAAUUACUUAAUGGGACCCAGAUUUAUAGGUAAAACGGGAUAGCAGCACAAAUUCUUGCAAACCUUAAUUUGCAGGAUUAAAAUACACCAAUGAGCACCUCCUCAGAAAAAUAUCUAUUCUAUCUGGUCCUGCAGUUCUUCUGGCUUGCUGCCAACUACAGCGAUCCUCUGUCUGCUGGCACUUUACUUGGAACUCUUCAGGGAGUCCAAUACAGAUAGGACCUUUUAAGUUAUCCAAUCCUUAUGGAACAUAUUCCAAAGAAUCAUUUGAUGGUUGCAGCCAAUGUCCUAUAUAUAAAACAUAGUCCAAACAACUAAUGGCAUAUCACCUAUACAUUGCAAAAUAUUUUACAAUCCAUAAUGUGUAUUACACUAUACACCUAUUUUCCCUUUCCGUUUAUGUUAUACCAAGUGACUUGGGAUAAAACACUGUGUUUCCCGCGUAUCUGAUUUUUACAAGUGUAUAUUGAGUAAGUGCCCUUUUUUUAUUUCACUCGGUGCACUUUGAAAUACUGAACUUUUGCACAUGUUGAAGCUUUUGUACCAUGAUUUUUGCUUGAUGCACCUUUUGAAUGCUCUUUUUGUAGCUAUUUCACACGCAUUUGCUGUGUGGAAAAUCACAAUAUUGUCUUAAAGACACAGCUUUUAUAUUUUAGUCUAUGUCUUAAGAGCACUCCGACAGCCAAGUGAGACUUCUCUCGAGAAUAUGCUGUUGAGCGCACCAAUUGGUUUGACUUUCCCCACCAUCAGAGGUCACAUUGUAGCAAGCCCUCCAUUGGUGAAGAUGGAUUAUUUUUUUAUUCUGGCAUGGUUUUUAUUUUUUCUGGCGCUUUGCUUUGGUUACUCUGAACUUUUAUUUUGCCUUUUUGGGGACUGAAGAUAAGGAGGAAGAAAACCUCUGAUGGUAAGUAUACAUUUUUUUUCCAACAGGUAUUAGCUGAAUUGGACUGCCCUCACUAUUACAGUGAGCAGGUAGGUAAGCUAAUUUAUUAUUACUUUUAUUGGGAAGGUGAAGGAUUGCAGACCGAGCAGCUUGUGUCGUGAUCCUUCCAACAUUCGAAUAUUAAAAUAAGCGACCACCCAGUGCCCACUGGUGUUAUUUCACAGGCUCCAUCACUGGACCCAUGUUUAAUUAAUCCUGUCUGUAUUUUAGUCCUCUGGUGUCAUUCUGCCCAGCUAAAAUCUGACCACAUUCAAACCCGUUCAAUGCCUUAGUAUAAGAUCUGGACAUUGUUGAAUUCCAUCAACAAUGUUUGAAUUUUUCAUGGCCCCAAUCAGCAGCAAAUGGUUUGUCUUUUAUAAAUCUUUUGAAACUAUUGAAGGUGUGGCAUAAACCGCUAAAAAAAAGUGAGUCAAAUCAUCCUUCACUGCUUUUUUACUAGAUAGACAGUAAUGUUAAGGUUAAGUGUGAUAAGGAUUUUAAAGGUGAUAAGUUAUCUCAGAGUUUUUAUUUAAAAAACAAACAAACAUUUUUUGAGGAGUCUUUUAUUCUUUCACCUACAUAUUUAUUAAACUAAAAUGUUUUGAUGUGAUUUUGGAUAUAAUGGUUAGUAAGGAUCUAACACCCUUCACAUAUCUACAUGCUGCAUAUAUUUUAUUUACAUUUAUUCCCCUCUGCCAAAUGCGGUAUUCAUUAACUCUGUUGGAUAACAAUUCCUCGGACAACUUAAGAGUGCAAAUCAGGUCUUGUGUGUAAUAGGAUUAUUAUUUGGGCUCUGCAGUGAAAAGUGUUUUGACUAUAAACCAUAAUCUAUUAGAGAACAGUUGGAAUUGAAAAUAUCAUUCACUAAUGUAUUUUGACAAUUUUCUGUGUUUUGAAACUUUUUUUUUUGUAUACAUACUAUUAUUGGAAAGCUAUCAAUAUUUUUCAUUGUUGAAAAUAAAUUAUUUUAUACUGAAUACAUAAGAUGAAGAGACCCUUGAAACAAGGGGAUCCCAGAAGUAGCUCUGAGCACACAGAAGAAACAAUAUGGUUACCAGAUAGUAGGAGAGGGGGGUCAAAUGCAAAUGGAUGGUAAGGUGGAAGGGAAUAGACAAAAUUAACCAUAUCUUCACCUUAUACCACCCACAGCUUGCUAUCUAAUUGGGAGGGAUUAGAUAUCCCCAAAAAACCACAGCAAAAAGUGUCACACUGUAUGUGGAGAGGUAAAAAGGGGUCCAACCACUCAUCCCAACAUGAAUGGCAAUGCCUCCCAAAUCUCAGGACACACAGGCUGAGUGGACUGACAAAAGCAAGCAACCCAAAAGAAAUAUAUACAUGAGAUACCCCCACUGACGUAAGGCAGACAAGUGGAAACCUGUAAACUAAAAUGGGGCAGACAGAUCCGGUAUGGACAAACCCUGAGUCCAGAGAAACCCCACAGGACCAAAACUGCCUGCCUAGAGAUCCUUACACAAACUGGUAAACUAACUAACUUGACCAAACAUACUGACUACCUAAGUGCUACCUAGUGUAAAAUAAUAAAUAAAGAAAGCACUCGACGCGCGUUUCAGCGUGAAUACACGCCGUUGUCAGGAGAUAUUGCAUGUGCAUGUCCCACUAAGCCAGUUAAGUACCUGUUUAAUCAAGGAGAAAUCCUUCCAGCUGAUCCAACGUGCUAAAGGGGAUGGGUGAGUGACGUAAAGUCACCACUCUCCCCCUUGCCACGUCAUAUCUUACGGUGUGUGACCAUUGGGGAAUACCGAAGUCAAUCACUGUAGUGGGAGGGUGCACGAUCGGACACACCUCCCCCCGGCAUCGCGGCUGGCGUGAAAUUGAUUGACAGGUCACAAAGUCAAUCAUCACGCCUGCUGCCAGUGUAUAGAGCAUAGGCCAAAUGUCCCUAAGGUGACAGAAGAGUUGAGGGGUAUAACUUAACCCCAUCAUUUCAUAUAUCCUCUAUAUAUAUAGUGGUAUUAACAGCAGUAGGAAUACCCUCUGCUGUCAAAGCACUAUGAUUACUAUUUUCCUGGACAUUUAAACUCUGGAUGAUACGAAGCCUAGCAGUCUAAUGCUUCCACCAACAGUCCAUUAAUAUAAGAGUCACUCUAUGUGGAUGCCUACAUAGCAAUAUAGAGGGGGAAUUAUACAUAAUUGACCCUCUAUAGUAUUAUUAGAGAGUGUACUGACACCAGUUGGUUGUUAAAUUCUUCAGUUCCUUUCACAUCAUCCACUAGGAGCACACAUCUUUAAUACAGUACAACACUAAUGUCUAUCAAGGAUACUGCGGGAGGCGAUAUAGAUAUUGUCAUGUGUUCAGUGAGCCAAUGCCUUACUCUUACAGCCAAGCCUUGUCCAUAUAUUUUUGACGGUGUUGGAAUUUUAAUGAAAUUAAUUCCGCAUUGUCUUAAUGAGCAUUUCAUUAAAAAAAAUUAUGAAACCCUGAAAAUCUUUGGGGUGGCAGAGCCUAUUUAAUUUCCAGACCAUAUAUAAAGACUAUAUAGAAAAGCCAUAAAAUGUUAAUGUUCCUUUUCUUACCUCACAUGUUCAAAUGCAUGCAUAACUGAUAUUUAUAAUCCUAGGAAGCUGCUUUUUAACAACUCUCUUGUUUAUCGAUUCUGACUGCUAACAUCACUUCAUUGUACCAAGCAAAGUAAAACUUGCUUUAGAUACAAUGAUGAGAUAAUAAGAAAGACAGCAAGACUUUUAAGAUCUACUGUACAUUGACCAGUAGAACAGAGGGGGGGGGGGAGGUGUGGCAGUAUUAACAUCUUAAAAAUCUUGUGAAGAUUGUAAAAGUGUUGAGAUCAAAAAGAUUCAGAUAAUAAAAAUGAAAAUGUUUUCUUUCAUGUCUUGCUUCUAAAAACGUCAACAUUAUGAGAGUAACCUAGUGUGAGUUACCACUUACAAAUCGUGCAUCCCUCAGAAAUGGAAUAUAUGAUGUGGUCUGUACAUGAUAAUGAAGAUUAAAAGGUUGCUAAACCCUUUUUUACUGUGCAAAUAAAGCUUUUUACUCACAUUUUCCAGCACCAAGGCUGACUUUUUCACCUUCUGAGAUGUCAUGGAGGAGGCAUGGCCUCAUAGAGGUGUACCGGAGACCUGAUGCACAUGUGCAGCAAGUGCGCACGUACAUCAAAGCCCCCCCAUAGGAACACUGUGAUUCGAUGCUUUCAUAUCACGUGACCGUGUUUUAAUUGACCAGUGCUGAGUAAAAAUCCAAUAUGAUAGCCACUUGAGGUGGACUGGUAAACAUUGCAGUUUCUAUAAAAAAAUUUAAAUGUUUUAUAUUGUAAGGUUAAACGUAAAGAACCACUACACUUAGACCACUUCAUGAGAUGAACUUGCCUGAGUGACUUAAAUGGUCCUUUAAUCUAUACUGCUCUGUUGGACACUACUAACCAUGUACACUCCCUUUGUUAAUCCCUUAACCUGUAAAAACUUGCCUGCAAACUCUUGCAAACCUCUCCUCAAACGUUUCUACGCUCCGUCCGAUGCCACUCUUACCUUCCCUCAAAAAGAUGCAUUUAAUUGGACUUUUCAUCUUUUCAUACCGGCUCAGAGCUCAUGCAUGCACUGUAAGUCGGGAAGGGAGUGGGGCGUAGUGAAGGAGGGAAUAGCAUUAAAAAAAAAAAAAGAGGAAAGAAUGGGCUGUAAAACAGAAAGCAGGGAUGCAGGGAGGGAACAUUUAAUCUUCCCAUUUCAGGCGCGCUGCUAUUCAGUGGCAGUGCAAUUCAAGCUGCACGUAGUAAUGGUGGUUAUACACCUUUAAAUCAUCAUAAGCACCCAGGUGUUCCACAGACUAGGGGGCAAUUCAUCAGUGUUCUGUUCUAGAAAGUUUUGCAAUAAUGUAAAAGGAGAGGAUUCACCAAAUGAAUGUGCCUGUUUGUCCCACUGGUUUCUAUAGUGAGUGUCCCCCCCCCCUUUUUUUUCUUUAGCGCACUUUUUGGAACAUCAUAAUUUGACAAGAAGUAGAGUACCACAGGCCUCACAAUGUGAGGGUGAAGGCAAUAUUGAAAGGACAAAAAAAAACAACAAAGUUUUGGCCUAUAGGCCUUAGUCAUGUAUCUGUAUGAUAAAUGAUUAAGGCUUCUAGGCCGACAUGUUGUAUCUUUUUUUUAUACUUUGUUGAUCCCCAAUAAAUAAUUUCUUGCCUUAACCCCACAUUGUGACUCCUGGUGGGCUGCGGACCUCCCUCAACAGAGCUCCUACGUAAAUAUACUUGUGUGCAGCACUCCUUUGUCAAAUUAUUAAUGCAUAAAUAACCCCAAUGUUUUUUUAGUAUUUAGUUUGUGUAAUUAUAUGGCAUUAAGUAGUUUUUGGCAAACUGUAAAGACUUUUUUCUUUCUAUUGCUGCUUCAGAGUUCUUAAUAUUGUAUGUUCUCUUAUUUGCAGCUUAGGACAGCUUGCCAGUGUGGCAGGCAUAGACCAGUCUGAUUUUCUUUUGCCAGGAGAUCCUCAGAUGUCUACCACUGCUGGUAUAUCUCACCACCCACACACGGAGAUAAACCAAAACCUACACAGAACCUUUGUAAUUGGCCAGGUAAGCAUAAACAGCAUAGCAUUACAGUGUCAAACCAUUAAUGAUGUCCUUCUUAUUACAAUGGGAAGUCCUUAUUUGAGCUACGGGGUUUGGAAUUAAUUUUUAAUUUUUUUUUUUAAAUCUACUUGUCCAAGAGAGGACAGCUGUUGUCUGUUCUACUUGUCUCUCAUGUCAAUCUACUGGUGCACACAAUAAUUUUUAUAUUGGAAGAUUGAUGCCUCUGCCUAGAGCUCUGUAUAUGCACAGGGUUAUUUUCAAAACUUUUAUUUUUUUGGUAUUCUGAAUUAAAAGGGGGGCGGGGCCUGACAGCCAAGAUGGCCAGACGUGUUCUGUAAUAGCUCCUGCACAAUUAACCAACAAAUCAGUUUUUCAAGCCACAUACCAAGCUGGAUUCAGUGCUAAUCGACUGGUACACGAUCGGGCAACAAGUGAGCAACUGUGGCUAAUCCAGAUGACCCGAGACAGCGAGUACUCACAGCGCAUUUGGACCGGUGGAAGUUAUCUCGGUCCAUACUGGGAGCACCUAACUACCUACCACAAGGGAAACCUCCCCCACCCCUCCCCCCUGUUAAACAGCUGACAGCAUGGCGUGCCCAAAAUGGCUGCUACAGCACAACCCAAGCAACAGUGAGCGCACAAGGUCACCCAGUCCUAGAGGGAAAGUUUUGAAGCCCAUUUCGACAGGAUUUGCCAGGAAUUUUGGGCUAAAAUAGCAAGCAGAUCUCCAGCUUCUACUCCGCAUGGCGAAUAUUACACUCUGGCUGCUGAGCAGAGACCCCGACCAUGCGCCGGAAUGGAGAGUCACGUGGCAAAAAACCGCACCGAACCGUCCACGCUCCCAACGAGUUUCUCGGAGGGUUACCCGAUACUGGGCUCGAGACCAAGCUAAGAUCCGGUGGAGGAUCUGUGGACCUGCUGCCAUCCACCCUCGCAAGACCUGGACUCCGGAGGGCAAAGAACCCAAGGGCAGGGUACUGCAUGAAGCUCACACGCCAGACGGCAAGCUACCUCCCAAGCAUAGCAUGCAGGCAAGCAACUGCGUUCCACACAGACCGGGACCGGAAUGUAAAGUGGGGAAGAACUUUCCAUUGUGGCCUAUCCGAUGCAUUGGGUGAACACAACCAUUUGCUACCACAUGUUUGCUGUUACAUAGCUGAAAAGAGACUUGCGUCCAUCAAGUUCAGCCUCCCUCACAUAUGUUUUUGCUGUUGAUCCAAAAGAAGGCAAAAAAAACUUAGUCUGAAGUGCUUCCAAUUUUGCAACAAACUAGGAAAAAAUUCCUUCUUGACCCAAAAAAAAGCAGUCAGAUGUCUCCUUGGCACUAAUUAGAAAUUAUAUCCCUGUAUGUUAUGUUUUUGCAAGUAUUUAUCCAAUUGCAGUUUAAACAUCUGUAUAGACUCUGACAAAACCACCUCUUCAGGCAGAGAAUUCCAUAUCCGUAUUGCUCUUACUGUAAAAAAAACAUUUUCUUUGCCUUAGAUGAAAUCUCCUUCUUCCAGCCUGGGAGGUGUUUAGGCAGUUAUUUAAAAAAGUGCAGAUUUUUUAUUUAAAUGUUUUUAGAAACUAAUGUUAAAAUUAGUGUCCUCAAACAUAUCCUUAUGUGUGUGGAGUGUUUUUUUUUUAACGUUCUACAAAAGCAGAACCAAACAGAAAGAGGUAUAGUGCAUGCUUGUAAAUAGUGGUAUUGCUUGGUCACAUUGGAACGUGGGUUUUAAGCACAAACCAAAAUUUGAUGCAUCCAAAACCCUCCCCUUACUUAUAAAACUUGACAUUACUAUAUCAAUGAAGUUGAUUAGAGCAAAUAACACUCUUGCCCAUUAUUCUAUUCUGCCCUUUAUGACAAAUGAGUUUGACACCUGAUAUAGAUUGUUUGUUUGUUUUUAAUAGUCUAAUUUUAUUAUUUUAUGGUGUUGGCUAUUUUUUUCAUAUAAGAAACUGUUUUGGUUAAAUUUUUAAACAGGGAACUAUAUAUAGCUAGUUGGUGAUUACUGCUUGGCACAAUACAAUUCUAACCUUGCCCCUGUAUAUGCAUUUGAAUUAUUACAGUAUGCCUUUUAUAUUUUUCCUUGGUGUGAUGUGGCUUUAAUCUGAAAUUGAUUUUGUGUAUUUUGAUUCCAAUUAGUGCUGGAGCAUAAAAACUAGAAAAAAAUACCUCAAGUUUUCUUACAUGUUUAUAUUUCAUUUGCUGAGAGAGAGCCCUGUUAAGUUUGCAAACUUUUGUUUUCUGUGUUUAAUUAUGUUCUAAUUCUUUUGAACAUUUUAGCCGCACAACAGUGGUGAAAAAGGGAACCCCAUAGGCCUGACUGAAUCUUGUUCAGCUGCUCCCUUGCCUGUCCCUGUGAAACCAGACAAAUUGUGUAACGCCAACCAAAAGAGCAAAGCAGGAACAAGUUUUGAUGUUGCACUAAAGGACAGAGAGGGAUACAAGAACCGCGGGGAAACUUCAAUACAGCAAUAUACCAAAGAUGCAGACUCUGUAAAAAAUGGAAGCAUGCAUGACUACAAAGGACCUAGUAGUAAUGAAUGUUCUUCGACGGAUUCUAGCAAAAGCAAAAAAAGCAAUACAAGUAGAAAGUCCAAAGCAUCCCCUGGUGGAAUGGAUAGUAAUUCUUCAAAGAGAGGUCUCUCUGCAAAGACAAAUGAAAGUGAUUUAAAGGCCUCAGGAGAUAGACAUCAAAAUGGUACCAAAACUCCUCUCCUUUCUAAUGCCAGUAUGUCAGGAUCAGAAAUACAAGAAGAUAUGAAUUCUGUCGAAUUCCAGAGCAGUGGCUCACAUGAGAUAAUUCAGGGAGAAUGAGCCCUUCUCAGUAAUUGAAGGUACAUUCCAGACCCCUUAAGGACUUUAGCUUGCUGAAAAGCUUUAUGUGUGAAGAGUAUGUCCUGGUUUUUUCAUUUUGCAAAAAGAAUUUCAAUAGAAAUUGACACUUUUAUAAAUUAACCUGGUUACACACAUGGCUUUGAAAAAAGAAGACAACAGGUCAUGUUACUUCCUCGUUUUGUUAGCUUUUUUGCACUGACAUCAAGAGGCAGCAAUAUCACAGAGCACCUUCCUUGCAAAGACUUUUCAUUGAGCUGCACUGGAAAGUCUGUUAUUGGACAGCAACAUAAUUUUUGGGUGGGAUUAGUAGAUGAAGACUUGCAAAGGCAGCAGACAGAGAUCUGCUGUUUUUAGAUUUACCCCAAUGAAAAAAUGCAUAAUUACAUUCCAGAUUUUGUAUCUGGGCAGUGUAUUGUCCAUUUAAUCGUUUUAGUACAUUAGGUUGAACAGUAGUUUGGCACUGAACAGGUUAAAGUCUGUUUAUGGUUUGUGCCUCAUUAGAAGUCACCCUGAUACCACUUAUCCAAUGUAUAUCUUUUUGAAUAUAUUGUAUUUGAAUUUUAUGUAUUUAGAUAUUUAAUAUUGCCAUGUUUUCAAGAAAAUGUACCAGUUGGGGCAUUUCUCUAGAUAUUUUUUUAUUUAAUAAAAUAUAUUUUUUUGUGUGACUCGUUAUUCAAGUGAAAUUAAUCUCUUCAUCAGGUUGUGUAAUCGUGUGUUAAUUGCAUUUCAGUGGUGUAGGUCACUGUUGCAGGAUACCUUUUAGUUGUGGUUUACACAGUAAAUAUUGCUGUACUCCAUAUUUCAAUGUUGUCACUAAACUUUCCAUGGUUUUAACUUGUGACUGAGUCAAAUAGGGUAUUUGCUGUAGAG